CUGAGAGAGUGUGACUUCCCAGAAUCCCCCGCGCGUUUGUAACGAACUUCGGUUCGAGUUUGGAUUUUGGGCGCCAUUUUCGAGUGGAGCAGCCGAGCUGGAAGCAGGCAGCGUCUGGGCAUCCCGCGGAAAAACUAGCAGGAGCUCUACCUCAAAAAAGCCCCGUCACAGGAGCCCCGGGACAACGCCAAAAAUCCGCAAAAAAAUCAAGACACCCCCUGAAGAAAAGGCGGAGCGGCCGGAGCUUUCCUUCAGGUGAUUUUCAGCUCAAAUGGAGAUUUUAAUUUUUUUUAGCGGGAUGAGGGUCUGGGAGCUGACAGUGUAAACAGAGCCCUGUCCGCAGCUCUGACAGCACCCACACUCUCACACAGGGGGGGCUAGACACCACCCAGGGGGUCACACCAUGCACACUGCUUGAUUUAUUUAAAAAAAAAGAAACAAAAUUUAAAAACCGUAAAAAAAAAAAGUUUGGGGGUGGUUUUCUUCAUUACCAGUCGGGUGUCAAAAAAUUAAAUAAAAAUAUCCUUGUGACACGGGUUUUUAUUAACCCUUACCGUGCUGACAUGUGUGAAAGUUGCACUCUGACACCGGUUAUCUCUUUGCUUUAAUAGGAAUCCCCCCUGGGCCGUUUACUAUUAUUCUCAAUUAAACUUUUUUUAUUUUUUUGGUCCGUAGUUUUAAAUCUGCAGUGACUUUUGUUUUUUCUUUUCACAAUCUUGAUAUAACCUGUAACAUCAAGUGUGUGUGUGUGUGUGUGUGUGUAUAUAUAUAUAUAUAUAUAUAUAUAUAUAUAUAUAUAUAAUUUAUUUAUUUUUUCACUUGAUUUCUGGAAUCCGGUUUAUUAACCCCUUAAGGACACAUGACAUGUGUGACAUGUCAUGAUUCCCUUUUAUUCCAGAAGUUUGGUCCUUAAGGGGUUAAAAUAUUGAUUAAAGUGGAACAUUUCUUGAUAGUUUUAAGUUACUGGGUUAAUAUAAGAAUAUAUAUUAUCAGUGUCAUGUCUUCUUACUAACUGGCUGAGAUUCCCCCCCCCCCUUUUUUUUUUUUGUAUAUGUCUUUAUACUUGUCUUAAUGGGCCAGUUUCCUAUCAAUUGAAUAAACUCUUGUUUUUAAAACUGCAACUCCCAUAAUGCUUUGUCUGCCAAACGGCUGACAGCUCUGCUGGAGUUGCAGUUCUACAUCAGAUGGCAUGGUGGGACUACCUUUUGUCCUUCUCUGGGUUAAGGCAAACGGACCACGUUUUAUUUAAUUUGCAGGAGUGACGUUGUCCAUAUUUUCACAUUAUAAUGAUCUUAUCAUACUUUCUACUGGUAAUUUUAAAAUGGCUAUGUAUGAUCAAUUUUGAGGUGCACUAAAUUUAUUAAUUUUUUUUAACCCUUUUUAUUAAUAUUGAUUGACGACUUCCCAUUUGCAGUGUUAACAUAUCAGGAUUCUACAAAAAAAGCCAUAUCUUUUACCAAUGACUUAAUUUGUGGUAGUGUAGUACUAUUUGUGAAUUGGCCUGCUCUGGGGUGAGGGGGUGCCAAAUGUUACCAGUGACAACAGUAAAACUGUUGGCUGGUUCGUCUAGUGACACACCUGUAAGACUGGGUCAUUGAUGGCUAACCUUCGCAUUCUAAAUGUUUUUGAACCAGCUGCCUCGUGGCUGGCUGAGCGUCAUGGGGAAUUGGUUUACAAACAUCGGUGUUGCCAAGGUUAACUACCACUGGUUUAGGAAAUACGCACCAGGGAUCACUCUUCACGUACACUGUCUUGGAUACCCAGAUCAUCAUGCCACCCAAGAAGACCAAGGCUUCUACUGCAGUGGCCCCAAAACCUAGUGAGGAUCCAGUAGAAGAAAAUGACGCAGUCCCGCCAUCUGAAGAAGCCCAGGGAGAUGGGGAGGCACCUUCAAAAGGUAAGACCUUUUUGUGUUAAGAUGUAUGUUUUAAUAAAAUUGCAUUUGUGCACUGAAUUUGAAUUGGAUAGCACCCCUUGUGAGAAUACUGGGUGAUGAGCAUUGUCCUUCCAUUGCAACUGGGGCGUUUAGCCUUCUAUUAAUCUGAGGACAUGAACAGCCCUUAAAAAGGGUAGCACUACUGCCAAUGUCGCAAUGCUACAUUGUUUUUAGGCAGAGAAAAAAAAAUUUUUUACUCAAAAGUGCGUUUGACCAGUGUAAGUCUUUUGCGUAAAAGCUAUAACCAACAGGGAGGUGCAGGAAUGGAAAGAGUCAAUGUCAUCUAGUGAUCUGAUGAGGGGUGGGGGUGUUAUUUCCAUUGCUGCCUCCCUAAUACACCCCUUGCUCUGCCGACUGUAACCUUUAGGGGAGCUGGCAGUUUGCAUGCUCGGCAAGCGAUGGGGGUGUCCUUUGUGUCAGAAGCAGAGAAUAACGUACCCGGGCUGUUAACUCCUUGUGAGCUUGUAUGAGCUUUUUGUACAGUUAAACAUAUGUGCUGAGGCUUCCAAGUAAGUUUUGAAUGGUUUACUGUCUUGGUAAUGCAUUGUCUUUGAUAGAUCGGUUAUUAGCUCUGGUUUUUUUCUUACUUUCAGUUGAUUGCCUGUAGAAUCUAAUACAUUUUAAAUGUUGGGCAACAGUUGAUGCUGUCUGUUACGGUACAGCUUCUCAACAUGUUCAUAAAAACUUUAUUGGUAUUUUGUUUUUUGUAUGUUUGUCAUUGUGUGUCCACUGGUGCCUUAAAGGAAUAGGGGCGUAAAGGGCAGUGAAAGAAGGGCGUUUGUGAGCAAUACUGUUGUGAUUCCUGUAAAAUUGUUUGUCAACUGUUUAAUGAUUUACAGGUUUACUUGCCUCCUGACUUUUAAAGAAUACAUUUUCUAUUGUGUUUUAGAGCCCCAAAAUGAGGUGGUUGAUAAUCGAACUUUAGAGGAGAUUUUGAGUAGCAUCCCUCCUCCCCCACCUCCAGCAAUGACCAAUGAAGCUGGAGCUCCUCGUCUCAUGAUAACUCAUAUUGUAAACCAGAACUUCAAAUCGUAUGCUGGGGAAAGGAUUCUGGGGCCUUUUCAUAAGGUAUUAUCUUGUUUUCAUACCUUAGAUUUUUGUGGGGAAUUUUUUUUUUUUUUUUCUGCUCCUUAGAAUAUGAAAAUGGUUACAGUGUACCUCAGCUGCAUACGUAGCUCACAAAAUUAUCUAGGAAGAUAUAAAUGGUAUACGCUUAUGCAUAUUUUAAGAGCAAUAUUCCCAAAACGUUUUAUUUUAAAAAAACAACAAAGUACAGUAACAUUUAUUUUAUUACAAACGUUAUGACUCUUGUUUCAAAUUAUUGGCUUGUUAAUUUUUUAUUUUUUUUUAUUUUGCUCAGCGCUUUUCUUGCAUUAUAGGGCCUAAUGGUAGUGGAAAAUCCAAUGUGAUCGAUUCAAUGCUCUUUGUUUUUGGAUAUCGCGCGCAAAAAAUAAGAUCCAAAAAGCUUUCUGUUUUAAUACAUAAUUCCGAUGAGCACAAAGAUGUACAAAGUUGUACAGUAGAAGUUCAUUUCCAAAAGAUCAUAGACAAGGUAAGACAUAACUGGCUUAUUUUGUUUUGAUUCCUAGGUUUGAUAAAUUUUUCAAAUAGUGUGUAUUUUUUGUUUUGUUUUUUUGUGCUGGUGGGAAUGUGUUAGUGAGUGCUUUCAUUUAAAAUUUAAUGGAAAUUGGUUAUAGUUUUUUUUGUUUGUGUGUGGUCUAAGGUAAUAAGUUAACUGUAAGCAUAUUGUUUAGCAAUUUAUUGUAUUCUGGUAUGAAUAUUUUCUUCUUUUUUUUUUUGCGCAAGUUAAGCUCUCCUUCCUUUCUUUUUUGUUGGUAAAAUCAUGGACUGUAGCUGUCCUUAUAUUUACUGUUCUUGUGUCUUCGAUUUUGAAUCUGUUACUUUUUCGUAUGGGAUUUCCCCUCCCAGUUUUGUUUUUGUUUCCUGUUUGCAUGCUGAUGUUCUCUCUCUCUCUCUCUCCAUUGUUGUCUAACAUCCAUAUAAUGAAGCGUAAUAUUAUAAAUUUAGUGUCAACCACCAGUGUAACUUUUAAGUGUACGGUUUUGAAAUGAAGAUAAAAUUGGCUACAGAAAUUAUGCCAAUUUUAAUGACUGGUAAAAAAAAAAAAUAAAUGUUCGAUUACUACUUUACUUUGCAAAUGUAUUUUCAGAUAUUGGGGUUUGUUUGUUUUUGUUUUUUAUUUAUGAAAUACAACUGUAUUUGAUCAUAAAUUUUAUUUAGAAAAUAUCUUGGUUUAAGAUGUUUAAUUUUGUAUCUAUAACAAAAUAUUGAUAUUUUAUUUAUGAAUUGGUCUAGUCUUAUAUUAUGAUGACCAAUAUUUUAGAAUUGUUGCUAAUUCUUCUCUUUUUUUCAGCAAUAUACUUUUUAUCUGUCUGUUUCUAAGUUUUUGUGACCGCACUACAGAAUGUCAGUGCUUUAUACAUUUCAAUAAAUCAUUGUAAAUUUGCAAAUGAUACGUAGUUGCUUAAUUUUAUAUAACAUAUUGAUAAAAUACUAAUUCAAAUUUUUCAAAACAGGAAGGGGAUGAUUUCGAUGUUGUUCCUAACAGCAAUUUCUAUGUUUCCCGAACGGCCUAUAAAGAUAAUUCUUCUGUCUACCACAUAAGUGGAAAGAAAAAAACAUUUAAGGAUGUUGGUGUGCUGCUACGAAGUCAUGGCAUUGAUUUGGAUCAUAAUAGAUUCUUAAUUUUGCAGGUGAGUUUUUGGCUUUUACAAGUUUGAUUUAUUGUGAACUUGGUUCAUGUCUCUUGCAUGUUGUAGUCUUAUCUUUAGAUUUCAGUUGGAUAGUGUACUCUGUUAAAUAUGUAAAUUAUUUUUUCCCCUGCAUAUGAUAUUGGAAGGCCCUAAAAAUCUGUAGCAGCACAUCAUGAUUUGCAUGCUACAUUAAAGAUACUAAUCAUUAUUUGCUGCUUCAGGAUUCUAGGGGACAUUAUCUAUCAUUUGGCACUUGCUUACAUUCUGAAAGGAUGAAGAAAAGUAAUAACAUAUUUGUUCCGCAUUAGCAGCACGUAAAUAUUGGGUGAUAAAAUGGUGAACCCCAAUAUUACUGUGCUGCUUAAGCGUGGCAAGGAUCAAGCUACGGCAUCCUUAAAAUUUUAUUUGCGUUCAUUUAUAAUUCCUAACUCGACGCUUUAAAAAACAAAACAAAAAAAAACCUUAUUGAAACAAUAAAUAUAAAUUCUUUCCAGAGAAACUUUUUGUGUUUUCAAAUCUCUUUACACAGAAUACUUCUUUGACUUCAGUGUGAGCGAAUAUAGAGCCGUUUGGCACAUAUAUGCAAAUAAAUGGUUAAUUCUGCCAAAGCAAAAAUACCGCCUGUGAUGUUUUUGUAGACUUCGGGAUAAAUUCUACUUCUCAGAAAGCGGAUUGAUUCAGCCUUAUUUAAAAAGGCAUAAGCAAACUCAAAUUUUAUGUGUCUGUUUAACCUUUUCUUUUCCAGAAUAGCCUUUCUAUUAACUGCUCUGCAGCAUAACACAGCACUCCCAUUGGCUUAGCACGAACUUCCUCUUUAUUGCAUGCCCUGUAAAUUCAAAUGUAUGUAGCAUCACCAUAAUGUAUGUAGCAUUGGUGAUGACUGAAUGCAUAUACAGUCGCAUAAUUUUGUUCGCUCUACUCUUUCCCACAAAGAUACAUUUAUAUAGAUUAGAAAAAAAUUAAACCUAUGUGCCAAAUGAUCAGCUAAUAUGUAAUGCAAAUUCUAAUUGAAUGCAUUGAUAUUUGUUUAGGUAGCUUGUCAUGGGGUGUAGUUAUUUUGCCAUAUGAUGUUUAGUAAGAACUUUAUUCUGAAGUAAGGUUUUUAGUCUGUUGCUUGUCAGGCAACUGCAACUGUAUUUUUAGGUUGCAAAGUUGACUCUACCUGUAAUACUUCACCAUUUCCUCUUAAAUCAGUUUACAUCAUAGUUGUUUGGGAAGAAGGCUAAUUUAAAGCAAAGACAAGCUUGCAGUGGUAUACUCUUGAGAUCACUGGUGCCAAUAAAUCUAGCCAAAUCAUAGCAACAAAUUAUUUGUGUGUGUGUAUAUGUAUAAAAAUAAAGAAAUUAGGCCCUAUGCUCAAACUCCCACUACUCCUGGACGGCAGCAAUGAUAAUGUUACACACCAACCCCAAUACAUACAAUAAAACCAAAGCAAAAAGCUUACCCACUAUCCCAAAUCCCUAUGCACCUUUAAAUAACUGGAGGGUUUUUAUUUUAAAUGUUUUUUGUUUUUUGUUUUUUUUGUAGGUGGUGUGUGUAUGUAUAUAUAUCUCUAUAAAGUGUGUGUGUGCGUAUAUAUGCACACAACUGUUAUCUAUCGUGGGGGGGGGUGUAUGUAUGUAUGUAUGUGUGUGUGUGUGUGUGUAUAUACACACACACACCCUUCAUUUAUAAGUGCGUGUAGAAAUGGAUAUAUAUUAUAGUGUGUAUCUUUUUUUUUUUUUUUUUUAUCAACCUGUGUAUUUUGAAAUUGAUAAUACAAUCAAUCCAGAAUCAUAAUAUUGCAAAAAUGAAAUUGUUUUAUGCUAUGCUGAUACUAGAUGCACACAAAUGAAUGUGCAACUGCAUGACUGUCAUAUAACUGUAUUAAAUGUGCAAGACAAAAAUUGCUGCACCAUAGAAGAUGUCAUUUUUAGUUGUUGGCCCUUGUAAUCAAUGCUCUCAAUAAAGUUGCAAUUUGUAUUCAUAAGUCUGUUUUUGUUUUCUAUGUGAACAAUAUGUAAAUUAAUCUUUUAUUUAUUUUUUUCGCUCUCCUUUUAUGGUUUCUACAUGUUUUAUAUACACUCAUGAAUUAAAGCUCUUCAAGUAAUUUUUAUUUUUAUUCCCCCACCCCUUCCAAUUUAAACUUGUGACUUAUGUGUUUUAAGAUAGUUUGCGUUCAUUUCUUUAGUUCUAAUUUUUAUGAUCUGUUCAAUUUAACACCUUUCACUUCUUGAAACUCUAGAAAGUUUGCUUUUUAUUUUUGUUUUAAAUGUAUGCGGUGUGGGAUAAUAAUGAAAAAUAAAUGUUCUCUUUAAGUGAUGUAUUGAUGUAAUGUGUGUUUAAAGAAAAUAUAGAUUAUCUAAAAUAGAUCAGAAAAAUAUGUUGCUUAAAUAUAUAUAUAUAUAUAUAUAUAUAUAUAUAUAUAUAUAUAUAUAUAUAUAUAUAUAUAUAUAUAUAUAUAUAUAUAUAAUUAUAGAUUUAUAAUAAAUAAACUGUUGAAAGAUAAGAUAAACCUCUUCUUGCAAAGAACCUGAACACAAAAACAUUAUUCCAGCACUGGGAUAAUCUCUCAAUUUUUUUAGGCUGUCACUCUUCAGACUGUUUUUCAAAUAAAGACACUAUUGUGAGGUUUGGCAUUAUAGUGAAAUGUUCUUGAUAUGGUUUUUGUUUAAAUUUUUAUUUUAUUUUUUCUUGAUUCAAUACUGGAUGGACAAGGGUUAACGUCGAAAAGUAAUUUGGAAUCGUUCCGUCAUACUAUAAACAGUUGAUCUAGCUUUUUAGCCAGACAAAUAAAACUGAUUAGUAGGAUGAUUUUGCAAAUAUUCAAUAUUGGGUUAAUGUUUAAGUUUAGUUGAGAGCCUUUGUGACUUUAAUAUUUCUCGUAUCCUAAUUGUCCAGAUAUUUAUAGUUGAAUCUAUGUGUUGGUUUCCAAUAGUGCAUAUUUUAUUUAUAUAGCGCCAGCAGAUUCUGUAGCGCUGUACAAUGGGUUAUAUGCAGUAUAACAAGUGAACAUUUGAAUACAGCUGCAACAUCAAUAAUAUAGAAAAUGUCAUCAAAUGGGCAGUUAAAAUUAAGAAUGGUAACCUUUUAAAUUAAUACAUGCACCCCAUUAUUUUUAUUUUUUGAGCCUUUUUGUUGUUUGAAACCUCCUUAAUGAAAAUCUCAUUCUGCUUAGGGUGAAAUGUAUAUGUAAAUGAGGAACACAUUUUUCUGAAAGUUGCAAAUACAGCGAUCACUCCUCUCAUGAUGGCAAACAGUCAAUUUGUGCUGCAUAAGUAGCACACCUUCAAAAAUUAAAACUUAAAUGGGUUUACUCACUAUAAAAUACAUGAUUUACCACACACUUUACUACUCAAUCAAAUUAGUCUCACAAAGCAUAUAAUUUUUAUGCUGUGUAGCAUCCAGAGGAGUUCUACCCCUUAAAAUAGGUCUUAAUUACCUUGAAAAUAUUUGUGGUGUUUCUUGCCAGAUGUCUAUUUGUUGUUCAAUAAAUGCAGACUUCUUAUACAUUGGGUAAUAUGCCAAAUAAUGCCUAAGGGACCAACUAUCUUGCUUUACAAUUGGACCUCCUAUAAAGCAACAUUUCUCCGCCUUUAAAAAAAAAAAAAAAAAAUUAAUUCUAGAAAUGUUUUGAUGUCAAGUAGAAUACAGUGAUUUGUUUCAAAAGAUGUAAAUAUAUUUAUGCAUUUUCAAAAUGCUGGGCAUUAUGCAAACUUUUAUAAUAUUGUGGGUUUUUAUUACUUUCAGUUUAGAGCAAUACAUGAUUUUGUUUAAAGCUUCACACUGCCUCAAAAACCUACAUCAAUGUAGUGAAAGGCAACACAUUAAGCAGCAGUAAUAAAUCUAGAGCAUGGGUUGCCCUACCCUCCUUGCAUUUUUUUUUUUUUUUUUUUUUAAAUGAAACAAAAGACUGGCAAGGCACAAUCAGGUAUGUUAUAAAUGGUGUGCUGUCCCAUGUUCCUAUUCUGUAACUUUGGAAGCAUGGCAAUAACACAUGCAUAUAUUUGCUCAAAGUGUUAUGGGAAGAUAUUGGUGCAAGUACCCAAAAGUAUUUGGAGUUUUAUUUUAAUUUGUAUCCCUCACUGUAUACUCACAGUAAAUGCAUCAAUAGAAUUUGCAGGAAUGUUUUUAUUUUUUUAUAUUUUUUUUUAUGUUCCCAUCUAUUCUUAUUACAACUUAAUUUUAUUUUUGCCAAUCGGUGUGAGAUAGAGAUAUAUAGAUAUAGAUAUAGAUAUAUAUAUAUAUAUAAUCUAUAUAUCUAUUUUUUAUUUUUUUUUGAUUGCUAGUACUAUUUAGUAACUUAACUAGAGUGAUUUUUUAAAAAUAUAUAUAUAUAUAUAAAAAAAUAUUUCAGUUUUUGUUUAAAUAUAAUUAUAUUCUGGCUUUUUUUUUAUUUUAUUUUUUUUUUUGAAUAGCAAUACUGACUACAGCAAGGUUAACAAUGAGACAGCCAUACUAUACUCAGAACAUAUAAAACAAAUUAAACUAUUUAAGCAUUUAGUAGUAAUAGGUGAUUUACAAGCCAGCAUGUAGGUUGCAUUUUCAGAAAUAUAUUUUUUUUUUUUCUACUUUAUUUAGAAAUUCAAUGUCUUUCUGAUGAAUAUUAUCGAAUAUAUUCACUCUUUAACUAAAUGGAUGUCUCCAACACUAUGCAUAUAUGGGUUUUCUCUUAAAGUUCUUGAACUUAAAAUGGCUUUGCAUUUUUGUGUGCAUGGGUGGGGGCCACAAAAAAUUAUAACCUUCAGGAUUAUUUACUAAAUUGAGAAUUACUGGGAAGUUUCAAAUGUAAGGCCAAACUUGUAAUGACUUAAAGAAUAUUUCUAAUUCUGCUGUUCCGGCCUAAACUUUGGAAAUUGUUAUGAAUUCAGUCUACUGAAUAAUGGAGUUAAGUCAAGAGCUCGCUGUUCAUUUCAGCUAUUAGAGCGGUGAGAAAAGCGUAUAGUAUGAGUUUGGAUAUGGAUUCUUAUUUCUUACACCUGCAUAUACCUGUUGGGAUUGAAAUGGUUAACUAAAUUUAGCUUUAUAUCUCUCAAGUGAAACAAAGUUACAGGAUCUUAAGGUGAAUUCUCCUUUCCAUAUUACCAAGUUAUUUGUCAGCCAGAAGAAAUUUGCUAUUGAGAUGGGAAGAAUUGUUCCCAUGUUUCUUAAUAAAUUAUUGGAUAUUACUUUUUCAUAUAUUGAUGUAUUUUGACAAGUAUUAUAUAGGAUUUUUAUUGUGUAAAAGUCUUUUAAACACUUGUUCUCUUGCCUCUGAAAAAUGUAGUGAUUGUCAAUGUAUUUUCUGUGUAUCUCCCCCUCACUAUUUUUAUUUAUAUAUGUGUAUUUAUAUAUAUAUAUAUAUAUAUAUAUAUAUAUAUAUAUAUAUAUAUAUAUAUAUAUAUAUAUAUAUAUAUAUAUAUAUAUAUAUAUAUGUGUAUGUAUUGUGUGUGUGUGUGUGUUAUUUUAUAUACGUAUUAAAAUAGGUAAAUAUAUUUACUUAUUGUUACAGUGAAUGGUGAAGCUGACAUGUUUAACUUUUGAAGAUCACUUCCUCGUCACUUAACAUGACCCUUGGAAUGGACUGGGCAGCUACAUCACUGCUAUCCCUAUAUUCCCUUGCGUGCAAGUGCAUGUUGCACCACUAGAAGGUGCUGUGACUACAUACACUAAUGCACCUUUCCUCCAUGUUUUGUAGUCUUUACAACGAAGGUCAAUCUUUUAAUGUUUAAAUUAACAUUUAUGCUAUUUCUAGUAAUUCAAAUAGAAAGUGUAUAGGUGAAUUUUCAUUCUAAAUAAAGGGACACUGUCAUGACAAGUACAAUUGAAAUUAUAUUUUAGUAUGCUACAAAUCUUUGCUUUUACAUAUUUGUGCUGUGUUAACCCUGAUUUAUUUUGUAUACUUUUUUAAUUUUUUUAAAAUUUGUUUUGUAAAAUUCUUAGAGCCUGUCUUUAACAAUUGUUCUAUUAUGAACAUUUACAGCGUUAAUAAAAUCACAUUUGAUUUCUUUUCUUUUUUUUUUUCUUUCUUGAACACGUGUCAAUGCUUGCUUACCAAAGUAGCCUUACAUUUCAUCCCAGCAACACUUCGUAAAUUUGCUAUGCCAUACAAGUUAUAAGAAUGUCCUAUAUUUAAAUUGUGUGACUUUGUGAGGUGGUUUGUUUGUCUUGUCUUUUCUCGCCAAAAAAACAAAACGUAACUUGCCUUGUUGGCCUACCGUAGGGUGAAGUCGAACAGAUAGCAAUGAUGAAGCCAAAAGGUCAAACUGAACAUGAUGAGGGAAUGCUGGAAUAUUUAGAGGAUAUAAUUGGAUCAGAAAGAUUAAAGGAGCCCAUUCAAAUUCUCUGCCGCAGAGUUGAACUCUUAAAUGAGCAAAGAGGAGAAAAGGUAACAGUGGGACUAAUUGUAUGUCUAAAAUUUUUUAUAUAUAUAUAUAUAUAUAUAUAUAUAUAUAUAUAUAUUCUCUCAAACAAAAGGCAUAUUAACAGAAAAUAAGCUUGUGCAGCAUAUAAUUUUUUUUUUUUAGUUUUUUUAGAUUUGUAUAGGCAGUCUGUAUAAUAUGUAUUGUCAUAAUGAGACACCUGUUUAAUAAAAUAACUGGAAAUUGUUUAAUGUGAAAUACCUUGGUAUGUAUGCAUAAGAAUAUCUAGCACAAACCAAAAUGGAUAUGGGUCACAUCAUUUGGAUGGGGAGCAGUACUUUUUGUUUGUGUAAGUAUGCACAAUCCAAGAUCUAGUGCACUCACUAAACAUUAAAACUCACAAAGUAAUUUAUUUUUCAAAAAAUAUAUAUGAAUACCGCACUCAAUGUUGUAAAAUAAUCAACCGUAGGUAAAGAAGUGCUAUAAUUGAAUUAUAGCACUUCUUUACCUACGGUUGAUUAUUUUACAACAUUGAGUGCGGUAUUCAUAUAUAUUUUUUGUAUGAUAUUUAUGGGGCUUUUGUAGGGAUAACCUCGAAUACCAGCACCACCUAUGUGAUUGAGUGCCAGCAUAUAUUAUCUUUUUGUAAUUUAUUUUUCAGUUGAACACAUGCCAAAAUUAAUAGGGGUUUAGUUACAGUAUAUGUUGAUACAUUGCAUAAACCAUCCACAACACCAAUGUAUACCCUGUUAUUGGAAGGUCUUAUUCUAGCAAUUUAUUGUCAGCUCCUGUGAGAUUAAUAUAAUAACUUUAGAGCUUCCUUCUGGGGCUCUGCUGUGCAAUGUUUGUAUAGGGCCUUUGAAAGAGAUAGGGAGGGCUGCAAAGCCAAAGAGUUUGGCCUAUGAACAGAUGAUGGAGCUGUAUAUUUCUUUAUUUUUUUUAAUUUUUUUUCAGAUAUAUAUAUAUAUAUAUCUGAAAAUUAUUUUUCUUUAAAAACUCUUAUGUAUGCAGGUUUAGUUGAACACAGCCUGUGUGUGUGUGUGUGUAUGUGUGUGUAUAUAAUAUAUAAUAUACACACACAUACUGUGCAACAAUUCCUUUACAUCAGUAUAUAUCCACAUACAAUUGAUUAGCUUCAAUUUAGUAUCACAUGUAAAAAACUAAAACAAUAGGGAAAUAUUGCCAGUUCACAUAGUCAUAAAGGAAAGAGAAACAGACACAGAGCAGUACAGUGUAUAUAUAUAUGUAUGUAUAUAUGUAUGUGUGUGUAUAUGUGUAUAUAUAUAUAUAUAUAUAUAUAUAUAUAUAUAUAUAUAUAUUCACACACACACUCUCACACACACUCUCACACACACACACUCACACUCAGACUUUAUUCCAACCAGUAAGGAAAACAGCAGGCUGGUAAACCUUCCAUGCACUUGGUUCCCCUUACAUGAAGCUUCCCUGCUGGACACACUCACUUGCCAGCUAUGUGAGGUUUCCAAGUGAUGCUUUGAUCGUAAUGGGAGUGGAGCUUACUAGCAGCGUGUAUAUAAAGUCGGGGUGCAAUUACGUGUUUCAGCAGUAUAAUCUGCCUCCUCAGAUCCCAUGGAUGAUCACAACAAUUUCUGAUUUUAGAUUAUUUUUCUAACUUGCUCACUUAACAUUAAUUUAAAAAAAAUUAGCAUUUCUAUUUUUAAAGUUUUUGUUUGAGUAUCUCCUGCCUUAAAAGUUUACACAGUUGCAUUUAUGUGUACACGUCACUUUAAAUGAGUUGAGUAAAGUUUUGAUAAAGUAAUAUGCAUUCAUGAAACUGACCCAGUAGGUUAAAAAAAAUAAAUGUGAAACACGGUUUGUUACAGGGCUAUAGUAAAGGGAUGAAGCAGCUGAACACAAAUUUCGUUUGUUUGCUUGCAUUGGCAAUACUGUGUAAAAUAUGCAACUAUGAUAGAAUGCAGUGGUAGAUAUAUAAAUCUCACUGUAACCAGACAGAGCGUCAUGUGAUCCAGUAUCCAAGAUGGCGGAGGGCUGUUGUUAGGGGCUGCUUUACUCAAUUAUGCAAGGGAGGUGUUGAGAAUUAUGGUCUGUCUUGUCUAUUUGGGUCAUGUAUUUAAUGGUGAGUGCACUCUGUUUUUGUAAGGGCAUGCAUUGAUAAAGGGGAUAACCCAAAAAGUUUGUACCUUUAAGUCCUUGACAAUCUUUUUGUACCACUUGGUGUGCACACUUGCAAUUGUUUGCGCUGCCCUAAUUUUUUUUUUAUAUUUUUUUUGUGUGUGUUGAAAAUUACAUGUGGGGAAUGUGUGUGUGUGUGUGUGUGUGUGUGUAUAUAUAUAUAUAUAUAUAUAUAUAUAUAUAUAUAUAUAUAUAUAUAUAUAUAUAUAUAUAUAUAUAUAUAUAUAUAUAUGUAUGUGUAUAUAUAUGUAUGUAUGUGUGUGUAUAGAAUUUGUAGGGGAUUUGCACUCCAGCUUUCCUUCUAGUGAUGGCCCGGUGCUCAGCUGCACAAAAAUACAGCUUCUAACAGAAAGCCAGCAGUCAAGGACUUUUAUGAAAAAUAUGAAGGCUUUUAAUACAGUAAACUUUCUUCAGGACAUAAAUAGCAUAUCUCUAAACAUUGGCUUUAAAUAAGGAGAGCUUACUCACCUAACUUCCAUCACCUGUGUGCUGGUGUGUACUGCUUCCCUAUGCGCAUGCAUGUGGUCAGACUCCUCCCUCUGUCCUGUCACACCAUCCGGGCCAUCUAAACCCAUCACCAUGGCAGUGUAUCAACAUUUCACCAGACGGAGCUAAGCUCCGUGAGUAUUCAGAGAAAUAGAGCUGUUAAAAACAGGCAGAGAAGUGAAUCAUGUGAAUGAUAUAAAGUAAGAUUGCUAAUUAAUGUAAGCGAUUUAAAGAGUGACUUCCAUAUGUAUGUGCAAAUGAUCACUCCAAUAAGUAUAUCUGUGUAUAUAACUGUAAACACCUUAGGGUGUUAUAUGGAAAAGUGCCAGUGCUCAUAUAAAAGAUAGAAGCCUAAUAGUGGCUGUAUAUGCCUAAUGUAUAGGAAUGUGAGCAUAAGCAAAUCUAAACCGUGUUAAAAGUGCUACGUGCAAAAAUGCUAAAUAUAUCAUCUCUGGCUCUUGAGGGACAGCUACUAAAGAAAUGAAUGUUCUUAUACAUUUAUCGAAACAUGGGGGACCAGGAGAUAACCUACAGCAUCAUAGGGAUGCAAUGUAUCUAUGCAUUCAAAUAACUAUAUAUACACAGUGUAGAAAAUUAUUGAAAAUAACUUAUUUUCUACAAAUGCACUUCCCAACUUAACUAUCAGGGAAGUAAGAGAUGUAUUUAUAGAUCUCUCGAACAGCGUUGCUCCCGGUCUGAUUGGGCUGCCUGACAGCCCAGGCAGUCCCUCUUGGCGAAUAAGAACCCCGCGGCCAUGUGAUGGCUCUGAAAGAGCGGUUGCAUGGCUGCAAUAGGUGUCCGUGAAUCUGCCUGCAGGGGGACUGUCUGACAGGCAGUCCUCCUGCUGGUGGUAAAAAGAUAAAAUAACGUUUUGUUUUUUUAAAUUAUUUUUAAAAAGCAAUCGGUGUAAAAAUAAAAUACAAAUCUAUAUCUCCUAUCUAAAAAAAUUAUUUAUAUAAAAUUUUUAUAUAGAUAUCUAUGUAUGAGGUGUUUUUAAAUAAAACUAUUAGUCUCCUAAGAUUUGAAACCAUGGUUUAGUGAAUAAGUGAGUGCGCUGGAUUCUGGAUUUUGUAUAUUUUAGCCCCAGCAACACCCUAUAAUGUAUGCAUGUCUAGGUGAGUGCAGCCCUCUUGGUUUUUUUUUUUUUAUAUAUGAGAAAGAGAGAUGAUAUAUCUUAUACAUAAUGUCAAAGUGUAUUUUUAUAUUAAUAUUAAAACACUUAUAAUUAAAUUACACACAUAUAUACUUUUAUAUAUAUAUAUAUAUAUAUAUAUAUAUAUAUAAUGUAUUCUAAAGGUAUUUUGAGAUUAAUAGAUAUUUAUAUCAAAAUACACUUAGAAUGAAAUUAUAUAUAAAUAAAAAUGAUAAGAAAUAUGUAUAUAAUCCAUUUACAAAAUUACAUAAAUAAAUUCAGAAAUAUACACGUAGACUUCAAAUGUAUAAUAAUGUAUGUGUGUAUAAUAUAUAUAUAUGUAUAUGUAUAUAUAUAUAUAUAUAUAUAUAUAUAUAUGUAUGUAGCGUUACUUACCUUAACCGGGGGCCGGUCGCGGUCCUCUCUUCAAGCCGCGCGCGGUCCUGCGGCUGCACGAGCCGCGCGCGGCUCAUCCAACUACUUCGGAUGGAGGGCGGGCAGUGACCGCGUGAGGCGGUCACGUGUCCCGCCUGAAUCUAAGAGCGCGCCGCGAGUCUCGGGCGCGCUCUUAAAGGGACAGUGGGUGCCUAAAUUGGAAAAGGCAUCCCAUUGGUCCCUGUCAUGCCACACUCCCCAUACACUUACCUUUUGGGGGCGUGGAUAUGACAGGGACCAAUCAAAUUAGAUGUUUAGGUAUUUAUACUCACCUUCUUCCCUUUGUUCCUUGCCCUAUCGUGGUUUCUGUUUCAGUUCCCUUUAGCGCUUGUGGUGUUCAGUUGUGUUUUCUCGUAUUGACUUUGGCUUCGUAUUCUGACUUCGUUUUCGCUUUAUCCUUAUCUGUACUGUUUGCCGGCUUGCUGUUUUCCGUGUACCAGACCCCGGCUUGUCCUAGUUUACGCUGUCUCUCUGUGCCCUUGACCUCGGUUUGUUCCUGGCUCUGUCUUCUCUCAUAUACGUCAAGUCCGGCCAUUCUAAGGUCCGGUAGACGUAUCUCUCCUCUGUAUUUGCCUCUGUUUAGCUGGAUCCUGCGUGUAGGGGUAUAUUCUCGUUACAAUGUAAUAGUUUUGCAUAAUGUUAAUGAUUGCAAUUUGAGGACAUGCCUGACAACCCAGACCGAAAGUCAAGAGAACUUAAUUUGCUAGCACUGUUUAACUCUGUAAGUUUCUAUGACACCCUAAAACCUGUACAUGGGGGGGGGGGGUACUGUUUUACUCGGGAGACUUCGCUGAACACAAAAAUUAGUGUUUCAAAACAGUAAAACGUAUCACAACAAUAUCAUCAGUGAAAGUGUUGUUUGUGUGUGAAAAAUGCAUAAACUGCUCUUUCACUGUCCAUAUCAUCGCUGUGAUAGUAUUUCAAAACAGUUAAACCGAAUAUUUGUGUUCAGCGAAGUCUCCCGAGUAAAACAGUGCCCCCCAUGUACAGGUUUUAGUGUUUUUGAAAGUUACGGGGUCAAAUAUAAGGCUUGAUUUUCCUUUUUAUUUUUUUAUUUUAAUUUUUUUUUAAAUUUGCCAGAUUGGUUUUGUUGCCUUUGAGAGCGUAUGCAAAAGACAACCUAAGGUAUUGCAAGUGGGGUAUGUUCAGUCUUUUUUUAGUAGCAGACUAGUGGCCAAAGUUAACGUUCAUAAUUGGGAUUUUUUGCAUUUUUAACAUACAAACCUAUAUAAAUGCUAACUUUGGCCAGUGUUUGUGGCUACUAAAAAAGACUGGACAUACCCCAUAUUGAAUACCCUGGGUUGUCAAAUUUUAAAAAUAUAUGUACAUGUGAGGUGUGCUUCAGAGAUUUAUGACAGUUUAGUGUUACAAUCUCACUAUUAAAUUUAAAAUGAUAUACAUUUUGAAACCACAAUGUAAACACUUGGUCUUUAUAAACUUAGGACACAAUUUUGAAUCCAUUUAGCAGGUUAUUUUUUUUCUUCAUUAGCUUUUGUAGAUCAGUAAAAGAUUUUCCACAUAAAAGUCCAAAAACGUCGUGUGUUUUUUUUUAUUUUUUUUUAUUUUUUUAGUAAAAUAUAUCACAUGAUACAAAUAAUGGUAUGUAAAGAAAGCCCCUCUUGUCCUGAAAAAGCAAAUAUAUAAUUUGUAUGGGAACAGUAAAUGAGAGGGGAAAAUUAUAACUAAACGCAAACACCACAAAAGUGUUAAAUCAGCCCUUGUCCUUAACGUACAACAUGGCCACAACAGUCCGGUCUUUAAAGGAUCACUAUAGGGUCUGGAACACAAACAUGUAUUCCUGACCCAUUAGUGUUAAACCACCAUCUAGCCCCCCUGGGCCCCCUCAUGCCUCCAUAAAUAUAGCAAAUCCUUACUGUAUUCAAGCUUGAAGCUGUUUAUCUGCAUGCUGUUUGCCUCAGAAAAACAAGUUGUCUGCUGACAUCAUCAGAAGUGGUGGUCUGAUCCAAUCACAAUGCUUCCCCAUAGGAUUGGCUGAGGCAGAUCAAGGGUAGAUGCAUUUUAGGCAGCCAUGACCCAGGAAGGAUCUCGAACAGCUAUCAGAGGAGUGGACAGUAAAAUUAUCACUAGGUUGUAAUGUAAACACUGCAUUUUCUCUGAAAAGAAAGUGUUUACAGCAAAAAGCCUUAAGGUAAUGGUGGUUCUCACCAGAACAAAUUCAAUAAGCUGUAGUUGUUCUGGUGACUAUAGUGUCCCUUUAAAUGGUUAAACAUGGAUUCCUUUGAGUCUGUGUCUGCUGUAUACAACAGCUUUGAAACACAACUUAGGAAAAGAUGCAAAGCUAGUGAAUCGCUCAUGGACAGCUGUUUCAUCGUUAAUGAAAGUGUGUGAAUUUUCCCGAAUAUUUGAAAAAAAAUAAAAAAUUAUAUUUGAAGGCUUGGCCUGGAGUUGUGGGAGGGGCUUGGUUCACCUUUAAAAGGGCUUCCAAUCCACUCCCACCUUACCGUUGCUGGUCUGGUGAGUCUGAAACGUUACUUCCGGUUCAGACCGCCAUCUUGGAUUUUUCCUUACCUGUUCCCUCGUGGUCUCCUGGUCCGAGCUUCCCUGACUCUCCUUACCGUUGCCGGCGUCUGCACAGCUCGCUCGUUACCUCUUCUUCACGAAAACCGUAAGUCAGGCUUGCCGUAAAGCAACCGCUGCAAUUCCCAUGCUUUACACGGCGGAGCCCCGUUCGGUUCAAAUCUAAGUUCGGUUCGUUUUAUUGUAUCCCUAUUGCAUUCAUCUUAAAUGCUUCACUCAGCUAUUCGCGUGUUCACCGUUCAAAAUAACGAACGAUAUCAUUCGGUUAAAUUAUGCUUAAACAUCGGUUGGUUUCGAAUGUAAAUUAUGGUGUAUCUAUUCGGUUGUUUCUACACUCUAUAUAGUUCUUUCGGCAACUACACUAACUCACGUAUUAAGCACGAAUUCAGCCAGUACUCCAUGGGGAUUUCGCCCCUACUGGUUACAAACGGUGUUGCAGUAAAUCUAUUUAUUAAAUAGGAAUGUUUUAAACAAAGUUGAUGGGUCCUGAUUUACUGAAUUUGUUUUCCCCACAGUCAUCCCAGUGGUUCGUACUGGGAAUUGUGAAUUCUGUCACUGGUAUCAAUUUUCUUAUAGGUUGGUUGAUGUUUAAAUUAUGUUUUUAUGAAGUCCAAUGAUACACAUUACAUUAGUUAAGCAUGUAUUUUACUCUUUUAGGUUGUUUGCCUUCAAGCGGUAGCUUUUACAAGCACGAAAACCGUCGUCAAUUUCGAUUAAUCUACCCUCUGCAGUGUCGGGUAGGUUCCUUGUUUUUAGGGCCCACGAUCUGGCCAUAACACUACGUUUAAUCACUCGUUAAUAUAUCAGAUCUCAUGUCCAACAAGUAAUCAUCUUGAGACUGUUACAGUCACUGGUUACUUCUACCUCGACAGCGCAACCUGACUCACAUAUCCGGUACUACGCCAGAACCCAAUUUUCUCCUCUACCAUGUUCUGAGGGGUAUGGUCCUAGGUUAUAUGACCCAACUAGGUAAAAGUUUCUGGUCUUAAUCCAUAGGCUAGUGGUCCCGCGAGACCCACACCCCUCUCCUCAUACUCGGAGGAAUACGCCCCUCGGGCCAAAUCAUAGCUAGCCGUCUCGCAUUGUCGCAUAGAGAAGGCCUCACCUGUCACUCCCAAUCUAUCUUAUGCUUUAACUACCACCGAGAGGCCAACACCCCGCCACAACGUUCGGUGGCCUCAUACGUUCCCGCUUGGCAAUUAGUACGGACUCAUCUGUCACCAUCAAUAAGUAUAAUUGUUUCGCCGCUUGGCGUUUAGCUAGCCUUACCAGUACCCACCCAAAUCAAACAUUACAGAGUGAUUGAUUAAAGCUUACUUAUAUUUUUCAGUUAUGUCUAAUAAUCCUGAUAUCCCUGAGGAAUUCUCGCUACCCUGCACUCCCGCUAGGCCUGGUACCCCUGUUCCUGGAACAGACGUUGCUAGUCCUGCUUCUCUCAGAUCAUGGACCAUCCCACGUCUCACGGCAGAACUUAGAAGAUGCUGCAUCCCUUUCCCAGCUACUGCUCGGAAAGCUGAAUUGUUCAGACUUUUGAAUACGGCCACUGACAACGCUGAUGCAUGGGAAGGCCGUUGUGGCACACAAUUGCCAAAAUUUCACGCCAUGAUGACUUCGCUCAUGUCAUCCAUCAGCACAAUUAAUGACAGGCUGGAUAAAUUGGAAACAAGUGGUACCAAACAGACCGCUACGAACCUAGUUGCUGCCAGUCACCCUCUGGCUGACAUGACUGGUAAUUCUUUGGAAUCAGGGUCUCUUAGCGAAGAUAUUAAUCCUUCACACAUGGUCCCAUCUCACCUUAAAAAGGACAUUCUGGAAGGCAAGGAUGUCAACCUGGUGUCAUUGUUUAUAGCCUCCCAGGAUGUCCUAGAGAAUAGGACUUUUGCAUAUGGGGAUAUAUCUGUUGUACUAAGGUCUAGAGACCUGAGACUAAACAGAAAACUGUCAAUCCCUCAAUUUGUAAUGGGUUUUGGGAUUUAUUGGGAUGUGUACUGCUCAGUAUACCCAGGGAAAAGAGCAGAGCUAGAUGCAUACAUGCACAAGAUGGUGGACCUGGGGCACAAAUACGGUGGUACCGCUUUUUGCAAUUACCACCGUUCCUUUUCUGCAAAGGUGGCUGCAGCUCUGGCUCAGUUCAAUUUAAGCAUUAAUUGGAGCAAAUUGGACACUGAGUUAUUCUGCAGGCCUCCAGCGUGUGCAGUAUGCGCAUCUACAGCACAUCAUACAAAUCUCUGCCCAAACACAGCUGAGAUCGAACAAAACCAAUCUACCCCUAACUUUCCUAAAGCUACCAAGGGAUUAAAAGAGAAGCUGGGGAGAGACAUUGUAUUCCUGGGUAAAUCUCAGAUAUGCAAUAACUUCAAUGCGGGCAAUUGUGGUUUUAGUUCCUGUAGACUGAUGCAUGUAUGUUCACACUGUUUUAGAGCCCAUGCCAAAACUAUGUGCCCAAAUAAAGCAUUCCCAAAACCGUAUCACACGUGUGUGAACGUCGCCUUAUUGACAUCACUUUUACAGCCACAUCCUUCACGUCAUUUCACUGAAUAUAUUAUUUUGGGCAUGACUGAGGGAUUUCACACCGGGUUGGUCCAUUUACCCUCCGGUACACUGGAAUGCAACAACCUACAGUCCACAUUAGACGAUCCACAGUUGGUAAAUACUCUUAUCUCAACUGAGUUGGAACAAGGGUUUCUGUUGGGACCAUUCUUUUCCCCACCCUUCACGUCUUGGAGAACCAACCCUAUAGGGGUGGUCAAAGGGAAGACCUCACUCAAACCCAGACUGAUAAUUGAUUUAUCAGCACCACACUCCUCCACUAUCCCCAGCUUAAACUCUAUAAUACCUUCUGUAGAAUUUUCACUACAUUACGCCACUAUGGACCAUGCCAUAGGGGCCAUUCUACAAGCAGGUACGGGAGCAUGGCUGAGUAAAACAGACGUGGUAAAUGCCUUUUAGCUACUACCCAUACAUCCUUCCCUGUGGCAUCUACACGGUAUUAAAUGGCAAGGGAGGUAUUAUUUUUUCACCCGACUAACUUUUGGCUCCAAAAGCAGUCCACGUAUUUUUGACAUGUUUGCAGAGGCUCUAUGUUGGCUCUUACUAAAUGUGUGCAAGUGCCCUUCGGUUAUCCACCAUCUGGACGAUUUCCUCUUGAUUGAGAAUAACUCUUCCACCUAGUAGUUUGAAUCACUUAUUGGCACUGUUUGAAUCUCUUAACAUUCCUGUCUCUCCUCACAAAACUUUGGGUCCAGAUACCUACAUGCAAUUUUUGGGUAUACAACUAGACACGAUAAACAUGCAGGCCAGUCUACCUCAGGACAAGAUUGAGCGUACCCUGGCAAGUAUUGAACAUUACCUGCUACAAGGUCAUUGCAAUCGGAAAGAACUCCAAUUACUGCUUGGAUCGCUCAAUUUUGCCAUGAGGAUCAUACCCCAAGGUAGAUCUUUUAUAUCCUACCUGUUAUCCUUGUUUCCACUGUUUUCUUCUGACACUUCACAUAUCACAUUAGAUGUACACGCAACUUCUGAUUUACGCAUGUGGCGGGUCUUUCUCAACUCUUGGAAUGGGCGAACCAUGUUUAUACCACCUUCCUCCGACACAUCACCUACAUUAUGGACAGAUGCCGCAGCUAACACAGGCUUUGCCGCCAUCUGGGGUGACCAAUGGCUUUGAGGCCCUUGGCCGACCGAAGUCGAAUCACUACCCAAAUUUUCUGACACCUCGGCUUUGAGUUGUACCCAAUCGUGGCGGCAGCCUUUGCUUGGGGACCAUAUUGGUCUGGCCACACGGUCAGUUGCUACUCGGAUAACCUGGCUACAUGCCACAUUGUCAAUUAAGGCUGUUCGGCAUCACUGGUCAUUAUGAGACUGCUAAGGCGUCUCACAUGGGUAGCAGCCACUUGUCAAUUCUUUAUAACAUGCAUACACAUCCCGGGGUACACAAACACCGCUGCUGAUCACUUGUCUCGGUUUCGUUUCCAGGCUUUCCUCUCGUCACUACCCAAAGCUUCCAGACGAGCAACACCUGCACCUCUAUUCCAAGACAUGAUCAUGGAUUAAAGACCUUGUUAGAUCACGCACGUCACAUUUCUCAUAUGGCACUCUCAGUAAACACUAGGGACACUUAUGAUAGGGCCUUUCACGUAUUCAAAAAAUUUAUCACCGAGUUUCACAUUCACGACAUGUUUGCAUUAGAGACAAUUUUGGGGUUUACCUUUUUUUGCCACAUUAACCUUAAACUAUCCUUUAAUACUAUUAAACAGUACUUUACCGGCAUCCAACAACCUAACAGUACUGCUUUUCUAACCUCAUACCAAAUUAAAACAUUACUUAAAGGCAUUAAAAAAUUAAAUACACAUGUUCCCUCACAAAGACUACCUAUAGACAACAUCAUCUUCCACUCUCUAUCCAACCUAUUAGAUUCAUCUCCUUUCGAACCCAUGACAAAUAGCACUAUCAAAACGGCAGUAUAUCUUGCCUUUUACGGGUUCCUCCGGCCUAGCGAAUUCACAACCACAACCAUCGCCGCACCUGACUACCUUAGAACCAAUGAUCUACAGAAACUUACCGACCAUUAUAUUCUCUCUAAGACAAUCCAAAACCAGCACCGACGGACACAUUAUUCAAAUACCACUGUACCCUACUCACAAUAUAUGGUGCCCAGUUAAAGUGUUAGACACUUAUUCACUUUCAGUCCAAAAACAACCUCAACAGCAUUUGUUUGAACUGCAUGGACACACUCUGACCACAGCUAAAUUCAUGCUGUACAUAAGACUUCUGUUGACCAGGCUUUGCCUAAACCCCAAUAAAUUUUCGGGUCACUCUUUCCGUAUAGGAGCAGCAUCUUCCGCAUCCUCUAACCACGUCCCCGCUCAUAUUAUUAAGGCCAUGGGGCGCUGGAAAUCCUCCGCCUACACACUCUACAUACCCAAUCCUGUUAAAGAAUUAAGACAAGCUUUUUGUGACUUAUCUCAAUAAACGAAGUUGGUUCACAAAUUAUGUUUUCUGGUUAUUUUCUUUUUGCCCACUUUUAUUACUGGCCUACUGCUUUGUCGGUUCCGGCACACCACAACCGACUGGUGCAUACUCAUGGAUGUUAUCAUUGUAUUAUGCUAAGAUUUCUCUGUUCGGCCAUAUUGCCCUGACUACAAAUAAAUAAAAAAAAAAAUAUAUAUAUAUAUAUAUAUAUAUUUUUUUUUUUUAUAAAAAUUUUAUUUUAUUUUUUUUUUUUUUUUUUUUUUUUUACUCACUUUUUAUGGCCUUUUAUUGUGGCAGCCUAAGGCACACCUAUGCCAUAAUCAUGCUGUCUAAUCAGCAUCUCGAUAUGCCACACCUGUGAGGUGGAUGGAUUAUCUCGACAAGAGGAGUGCUCACUAACACAGAUUGUGAACAAUAUUUGAGAGAAAUAGGCCUUUUGUGUUCAUAGAAAGUCUUAAGAUAUUUGAGGUCAGCUCAUGAAAAAUGGGGGCAAAAACAAGUGUUGUGUUUAUAAUUUUGUUUGUGUGUAAAAAUAAAAAGAUAAAAUUCGUAUCUUGUAAUACCUUUUUUAUUGGACCACCGGAAUUUUUUAAUGACAAGCUUUCGGGAGAAUCUCCCUUUCUCAAGUCUGAAGCAUUUCUGAGCAAGACGACACAUAGAAUUCAAAGUUGAGUUGUGAUACAGGGGUUAAAGCGACAUGAGUGCAAAUAAGAUACACUAUUUUUGCAGAGGGUCAUAAAUAUCUUUCUGAAGAGCAAUCUUUCAGACAACCACCAAACCUCCAACAAAAAUGAAUCAACAGGAAGCUGCUCACUGAUGGUAAGAAUAAAGAAAAUGGGACCAGUCAAUGCAAAAAAUCCUCGCUGCAAACUGUCAGCACAUAUGCAGUCAACACAGCCAUACAACCAUAAAACCUACAGCAUUAAAGGUUCAUACUCCUGCACAUCCACCAACGUGGUAUACAUAAUUCAGUGCACCAAAUGCCACUUAGGAUGCUACAUUGGGGAAACCACCCAGUCAUUAAAUGGCAGAAUGAAUAUGCACAGACACUCUAUUAAACACCACAAAGAAGAAUCUUAGGGCACUCCUGUGGGACACCACUUUACACAGCCUGGCCACUCACUGAAGGACCUUAAAAUCAAAGUACUGAAAGGGGGUUUUAAAAAUACCCAAGAAAGAAAGUUUGAAGCCAGAAUGAUCAAAUGGUUUAACAGCAAGAAUAGAGGACUAAAUAUUGAUUUGGGUUUCCUGUCCCACUACCAACACUUUACAUCAACACUCACCCAGCAUUAUCUUACUGUUCUGUCAUAUGUAUCAACACUUUAAAACGCAUUCCAAUAUGUUUUUGCUAUCAAUAUACAAAGUACUAUGUGCAGACCUAUGCUUUCCCAUACUCUUAUUCCUGUAUGCUUAUAUAUAUAUAUAUAUAUAUAUAUAUAUCUGUGCAUUUAUAUUUGUGUAUGAGUUUAUGUAUGUUCAUGUGUUUGUGCGUGCGCAUAUACAUAUUUAUGUGUGUAUGUACAAAGUGUACCAUCUUCUGCACUGUCUGCUUGUUUGUUUUUUCUUCUCACUCUGCUCUUCAGAAAGAUAUUUAUGAACCUCUGCAAAAAUGGUGUCUAUUUUCUAACAAACCUGUGGUCUGGGUGCCUAUAGUGGUCCUCUAAUUUUAACUUUACUUCUAGGGUUAGAAUACGAAUUGAGAGAGGCUGAUUUAGUUCCUAACCCUAAUUUUAGUCCAAGAAUCUUGGUCUUUCUUCUUAAUAUCUUGAUAUUUCCAAUAAAGCAAUUGACAAUAACACGAAAUUGCUGCAAACCACACCAUUCCAUUCCAUGGUGUGGUUUGCAGCAAUUUCAUGUUAUUGUCAAUUGCUUUAUUGAAAAUAUCAAGAUAUUAAGAAGAAAGACCAAGAUUCUGGCUGCAAAAGGGUCUGGACAACCCCCGAAUGGUCCAAGGAAGCAUACUAAGAGAGUCAUAUGAUGGUAUGACUCCAACUUUGUGAGUGAAACCACUAUUUAUUCUUUUCUUGUAUACUAUUGGACAGACAUACUACGCUAUUUUGUAUAUAUACCAGUGUUUUACAGAUCAUUCAAGGUUUAAGCAGCUCCGCCUAUCACUUUGUAUGUAUUUUCAUGCAAACACUGUUUGAUUCAGAGAAAGGGCAGUGUUUACAUCAAAGCUUAGGGACGCCUUCAGUGGCAACUCCUCGGAUGGCCACUGGAGGUUUUUCAUGAGGAGACGCUGAACUUUCCUCAUAGAGAUGCAUUGAUUAAAUGCAUAUCUGAGGAUAUGCUGAUUUGCCUGGCUGGUGUUUGAGCCCUCCUUCUUGGCAAUCUCAGCCAAUCUAAAGCUUUACCUAUGGGAAGGCAUUGGAUUGGCUGAAUCAUAAAUUCUGAUGUCAGCCAAAAAGGCAGAUCGGGGCAGAGACGUUAACUGCGAUCCGCACGGUGCUGGAAAAAGGUCGGUUUAACCCUUUUAAUAGGGAGGCAAGCAACCUAAAUUGUGGCUAUAACACUAUCUGGUCAGAAAUACGUUUGUGUUCCUUUAACUAUAGGAGUUAAGUUGUCAAAACUGGGUCAAUGAGCUUUAAAGGGACACUCCAGGCACCCAGACCACUUCUGCUCAUUGUAGUGGUCUGGGUGCCAACUCCCACUACCUUUAACUCUGAAACUGUAAAUAGUGCAGUUUUCAUAAACUGCAAUAUUUACCUUGCAGGGUUAACUCCUCCUCUAGUGGCUGUAUACUGGACAUUCGGUCUCACGCGGCCGUGCAUGCGCAAUCCGUCUCCCCACCAGAUGACAUCGGCGAGGGAGGAGCGUGCGCGGACCAUAGACCAGCGUCAAGGGACAUCGGUGCUGGACUCCGGUAAGUCACUGGGGGGUUUAAACCUGGGAUGGGUGGUGGGAUGGAGAGGGCACCUGCAGUGCCAGGAAAACGGUUUGUUUUCCUGGCACUGGAGUGUCCUUUUAAGCAUUGUUCUUUUUCAAUUACCAAUACAAUUUAGCCACAAUCCAUCAGUAAAAUCAAUCUUGGACGAGUAGACCGCAAACCUCAAAGACAGAGUAGAACAAAAUGGCUGUUCUAUGCCGCCCCGCUUUAAUUGGGCUUUAAAGCCGUUGUGGCCGCAUAGCAAUCCGUAACUGCUUUGAGCCCUGGAGCUCCCGGUAUACUCACCUUACCGUCGCUCCGCUUUGGGAGGACUGCAUGACAGCCAUGCCAGCCCUCCCACGGCAAAUAUGUCCCCCUAUAGCUGGUUGUGGAUCUGCCAGCAAGAGGGACUGUCUGACAUGUCAGACAGUCCCCCUGCUGGUAGGAAAUGGGAAAAAAAAAUUAGACGUGUAAAAUAAAAUAAAUAUUUAUAAAUAUGUAAUAUAUGUAUAUAUUAUAUAUAUGUAACGUCAUACAUAGUGUAUUUUAAUAUUAAUAUAAGCACAUAUAUUAGUAUUAAAAUACACUCAGAAUGACGUUACAUAUGUGUGUGUAUAUGUAUGUAUGUGUGUAUAUAUUAUAUGCACGUAUAAUUACAAUUAUAAAUAAAAUAAGAUAUUGAAAAAAUUUUUUAUAUAAAUUAUUUAUUCAUGUCAUUUCAUUCUAACUGUAUUUUGUUAAUAUAUAUAAAUGUAACAAAAUACACUUAGAAUGACAUUCUAUAUCUAUAUAUAAAAUACAAAUAACCGCAUAUAUAUAUAAAAAAUUACAUUAGUAUACACGUAGAAUUUAAAUACCUAUAAAUGCAUAUAUAUUAAAAUUCUACGUGUAUAUUUAAGUAAUCUUUUAACAUAAUUAUGUAAUUUGAUUAAUUAAAAUUUGACUGACAUGCCUGACAACACAGGGAGAAAGUGCAGAGAAUUUAAUUUGCAAGCACUAUAUUUGACCCUGUAACUCUCCAAGACACCAAACAACCUGUACAUAGGGGGUACUGGUUUACUCGGGAGACUUCGUUGAACUCAAAUAUUAGUGUUUCAAACUGGUAAAUUUUAUUACAACGAUGAUAUUUUAAAUAAAAGUGAAGUUUUUUGCAUUUUUUACAAACAAACGGCACUUUUAUGGACUAUAUUAUUGUUGUAAUAUGUUUUACUGUUUUAAAACACUAAUAUUUGUGUUUAGUGAAGUCUCCCGAGAAUAACAGUACCCCCCAUGUACAGGUUUUAUGGUGUUUUGGAAAGUUAGAGUCACAUAUAAGGCUUGCAUUUCAUUUUUUUUUUUUUUUACAUUGAAAUUUGCCAGAUUGGUUAUGUUGCCUUUGAGAGCGUAUGGUAGCCCAGGAAUGAGAAUUACCCCCGUGAUGGCAUACCAUUUGCAAAAGUAGAUAACCCAAGGUAUUGCAAGUGGGGUAUGUCUAGUCUUUCUUAGUAGCCACUUAGUCACAAACACUGGCCAAAUAUUAGUUUUUUGCAAAUAUGAACGCUAACUUUGGCCAGUGUUUGUGACUAAGUGGCUAUUAAAGACUAAACAUACCCCACUUUCAAUACCUUGGGUUGUCUACUUUUUCAAAUGGUAUGCCAUUAUGGGGGUAAUUCUCAUUCUUGGGCUACCACACCAUCUCAAAGGUAACAUAGAAACAUAGAAUGUGACGGCAGAUAAGAACCAUUCGGGCCAUCCAGUCUGCCCAAUUUUCUAAAUACUUUCAUUAGUCCCUAGCCUUAUCUUAUAGUUCGGAUAGCCUUAUGCCUAUCCCACGCAUGCUUAAACUCCUUUACUGUGUUAACCUCUACCAUUUCAGCUGGAAGGCUAUUCCAUGCAUCCACUACCCUCUCAGUAAAGUAAUACUUCCUGAUAUUAUUUUUAAACCUUUGUCCCUCUAAUUUAAGACUAUGUCCUCUUGUUGUGGUAGUUUUUCUUCUUUUAAAUAUAGUCUCCUCCUUUACUGUGUUGAUUCCCUUUAUGUAUUUAAAUGUUUCUAUCAUAUCCCCCCUGUCUCGUCUUUCCUCCAAGCUAUACAUGUUAAGAUCCUUUAACCUUUCCUGGUAAGUUUUAUCCCACAAUCCAUGAACCAGUUUAGUAGCCCUUCUCUGAACUCUAAGGUAUCAAUAUCCUUCUGAAGAUAUGGUCUCCAGUACUGUGUACAAUACUCCAAGUGAGGUCUCACCAGUGUUCUGUACAAUGGCAUGAGCACUUCCCUCUUUCUACUAAUACCUCUCCCUAUACAAGCAUUCUGCUAGCAUUUCCUGCUGCUCUAUUACAUUGCCUGCCUACCUUUAAGUCAUCAGAAAUAAUUACCCCUAAAUCCCUUUCCUCAUAUGUUGAGAUUAGGACUCUAUCAAAUAUUCUGUACUCUGCCCUUGGGUUUUUACGUCCAAGAUGCAUUAUCUUGCACUUAUCCACAUUAAAUGUCAGUUGCCACAAUUCUGACCAUUUUUCUAGUUUACCUAAAUCAUUUGUCAUUUGGCUUAUCCCUCCUGGAACAUCAACCCUGUUACAUAUCUUAGUAUCAUCAGCAAAAAGACAUACCUUACCAUCAAGACCUUCUGCAAUAUCACUAAUAAAAAUAUUAAAGAGAAUGGGUCCAAGUACAGAUCCCUGAGGUACCCCACUGGUGACAAGUCCAAGCUUCAAAUAUAUUCCAUUAACUACAACCCUCUGUUGCCUGUCACUCAGCCACUGCCUUACCCAUUCAACAAUUUAUUGAUAAGCUUUCUAUGUGCAACAGUGUCAAAAGCCUUACUGAAAUCUAGGUAAGCAAUGUCUACUGCACCACCCUGAUCUAUAAUUUUAGUUACCCAAUCAAAAAAAUCAAUAAGAUUAGUUUGGCAUGAUCUCCCUGAAGUAAACCCAUGUUGUCUCUGAUCUUGAAAUCCAUGUGUUUUUAGAUGUUCAUCAAUCCUAUCCUUUAACAUGGUUUCCAUCACUUUCCCCACUACUGAAGUAAGGCUUACUGGCCUAUAGUUGCCCGACUCCUCCCUAUUACCUUUCUUGUGAAUGGGCACAACAUUCGCUAACUUCCAAUCUUCUGGUACUACUCCUGUUAACAAUGAUUGGUUAAAUAAAUCUGUUAAUGGUUUUGCUAGUACACCACUAAGCUCUUUUAAAAGCUUUGGGUGUAUUCCAUCAGGUCCCAUUGACUUAUUUGUCUUUACUUUUGACAGUUGAAAUAGAACCUCUUCCUCUGUAAACUCACGUGUAAUAAAUGACUCAUUUAUCUUUUUUCUCAACUGAGGUCCCUUUCCUUCAUUACUAAUCUGGCAAAUUUCAAUUUGAAAAUGGAAUGUUCUAUAUUUGACCCUGUAACUUUCCAAAACACCAUAAAACCUGUUAAUGGGAGGUACUGUUGUACUCGUGAGACAUCGCUGAUUACAAAUGUGCAUUUUUUUUGCAGUAAAAUCUAACAGUAUUAUGACAUUCACAGCUAUAAUGUCAGAUAGAAAUACAAAUUUAAAAAUCUAAUUUUAUUUUCUCAUUUUUUUUAUUUUAUUCAUAAUAAAUUAUGUUCCAUAUAUGAAUAGUUAAUGAUAAAUUAAAGCCCUGUUUCUCCUGAACAAAAUUAUAUAUAAGUGUGGGGGCACUUAAUGUGACAGCGGUGAAUUACGGUUGAACAGACAUAUAGCGCAAAUUCCAGUUUUUGUUUACGUUUUGUUUUGAUCAGAACGUGGGCUAUUGACUCCGUCCUGAAGGGGUUUAGAUUAAGCACAAGGAAAAAAAAACUUUUAUAUUAUUGGUGCUAUUCCCUUGUCUUUACCUUAAGUAAUAUAAAUUGGUGGGGGUGGGGGAGUUGGAAGAGCUAUGGAUACUUUAACUCCUUAAUGGCAUAGAAUUGAACAGUGAAGUUGCAGGGGCAUAAUCUAUACAUCAUGACAGCUUAAUGGCUGGAGAAAUUCACUCAUGACCUAUACCGCAUAUUUUUAGUUUAGCACCCUUAUUUUCAUUGAAAGUAUAUGUAGACUGAUAAACCUGUAUUAAAGAUCUUGAAAAAUAUUAGUGUUUGUAAUCUAUAGAACAAUCCAUUUCUAAUCCGUAGAAUAAGUUUCCAGGUCAGUAAUUCAAUUUUUUUUUUUUUUCUUUUCUCUAAACAGUUAAAUAGAGUUAAAAUGGUAGAGAAAGAAAAAGAUGCAUUAGAAGGAGAGAAAAACAAUGCCAUUGAAUUCCUGACACUAGAGAAUGAAACUUUCAAGAAGAAGAAUCAGAUCUGUCAAUAUUAUAUGUAAGUAAAUGCUUUCGUUUAUGGAAAAUGUGGUAUUGCACAAUCAUUUUCUAGACCAGGGGUUCUCAACCCAGUCCUCAAGGACCCCCCUACCAGUCCAGGAUUUAGGGAUUACUUGGGUGUGUUUUAUUUAUUUUUUUUACUAUACAUUUUAGACACACCCAGGUAAUCCCUAAAUCCUGUACUGGUCCAGGGGGUCCUUGACUGGUUUUAGAACCCCUGCUGUAGACCACUUCAGCGCUUUCACUAAAGUCUGCUACAUAAUGUUAUUACCAUAGGCUGAAUUUUCAUAUUUCCCAUUGCUUCGAUCCUCUCAUUGCACAGCAUGAUAUAUAGGAACACUUGGAUAAUAAGUGAAAUGUAAUAAUGAUGCUCCAUGCACACACUCUAGGGCUGAACUUUGGGUGCUAGCAAACCAAAGUGGGUUUUUUUUGUUUUGUUUUUCUGCAAGUCGCUUGCAACAAAAUCCUUCUAUUCAGAGGUCCUUUGUUUAUAUGAUGCUUUAUAGUGGAUUGACAAAUUCUUGGUGUUUUUACGGUUUUAAUAUUUGGCAUUAAAUGGAAACCAAACCAUUAAAAUUAUGAAAUGUAAAUUCUGUUUUUUGUUAGACUUGAUUUGCAAAAGCGUAGUCAAGAUAUGGAGGCACAAAAAGAAAAGAUUCAAGAAGAUACAAAGGAAACAAAUGAGAAAAGUAAAUUACUUGCUGAAGAAAUGAAAGUGAAGAAUAAGGCUUUGAAAGAUGUGGAAACGUAUGUGUCAGAUUCAUUUUGAAAUCUUUUUAUAUUCUUGCAUGUAUUUUCCACUUCUGUUUUGCUCUAUCUUACUUUGUAAUAUCUCUUGAAGGGAACUAAAUAAAAUUACAAAAUAUAUUGAAGAAAACAGAGAAAAAUUUACACAGUUAGACUUACAAGAUGUGGAUGUUCGUGAAAAAUUGAAACAUGCAAAAAGCAAAGUAAAAAAACUUCAAAAACAACUUCAGAAGGACAAAGAGAAGGUAUAGUUUUUUGUAAAUACAGUAUUUCAGAAUGUUUAGUGAUGUCUAGCAAUCAUUUCCUUAAGUUUUUUUUUGUUUUGUUUUUUUAACCUGUGGUUUUAUUUGUUAGGUGGAAGAAUUAAAAUGUGUGCCUGCAAACAGUCAGAAAAUUAUUGCAGAAGCAACAAGUAGAAAAGAAGUACUGGAAAAAGAUAAAGACAAGGAAGAAGAAAAAUUAAAAGCAGUCAUGGAUAGCCUUAAAAAAGAAACACAAGGCUUACAAGAAGAAAAAGAGGUACUUACAUUUUUCAUUCAUUUCUUGUGUGUUUGUACACAAACCAGUUGCGUUAUGGUGGGUUGAAGUGAUUGAAAAACCCUUUAACCUUAAGUCAGUGUAUAGUAAAUACAUUGUUAAACACAGAUCUGCACACACUAGUACAGCCAUAGGACUUGCUCUUCCCCAAAGUAACAUCCCAUUUUCUGUGCUGUUACCACCGCAAGGGAUUCUAGGUGGGCAUCCUUUACUCCACUUUAUACAUGGAUUCCGUGGAGUAUGUCUGCUGUAUAUAAAAACUUUCAAACCUAGCUCAAGAAGCAAAGCCAGAUUACCACUCAUGGAUGACAGUUUUGUAGGUAAAGCAAUUUGUCAGUCUGGGGCUGGUUACUGGCUUGCUUAAGUUAUGUAUGUUAACUAUCUGAAUUAACACUUUGAAGUAUUACAGGAUUAUUUACCAAAGUGAAUUUCAAAUUUAAGGCCAGGGUAGCUGGAUUGGAACUAUAGCUGACUUUUUCCAGUUUGGUUAUUUUUUACCUAAAAUUAAAAAUUCUGUUUGAAUACUGCUUAAUUUCUCAUUGUAGUCCAUAAUCCUGUUUAUUUUCAUACAAUAAAAAUCUAGCAGAAAAGUAGGAGCUGGGAAUAUGCUUCCAUACACAUAACAUAGGCUUUAAUAACUUUGGUUCAUAACACACUAUAUGAUAAGGUGUGCAAAAAUCUCUAGAAUAAUCAUGCGUUAUUUCUUUAGAAUCUCAGGAUGGAAGUGUGGAAAAUUUACAUUUGUGUAAAUAGCAUUAUAUACUAAAAAAUGUGCCCUAAAUUAAAGCAUAACUUUUUUUUUAUUAGUAAUGUUAAAAUGGUACUAAGGAAGGAUAUGUUUGUAAUUAAAACAUAACUUAUAUUGACUUGUCCAAAAAGUACUGUAGACAAAGUGCUAAAAUGAAAUGUCCUUUUUACUAGUGCAACAAGUUACCAACACAGCCUUUAAAUACUGGCAAAUUGUGCCCUUCCAUGACUCUGCUAUUGCCAAACUUCAUAUUUCAUACUAACUUAUAUGAUGUUUAUACUAGCUCACCUCACUCUUUCAUGUUGAUAGUAUGGCUUUGGCAUAAUGAUUAUUAGUUUCCUUUGGCUUUUUGCCAAAUUCGCCCUUCAUUAACAAGAUACAAAAUGAUAGCGAUGACACUGAAUGUUCCUAGAGACAUUGUUGGAAGCAUAGUUCGUAAGUUCAAAGUUGAUGGAACAGUGGUUACACUAUCUGAAAAGGUCAGAGAAAAGAAGCUUUCAGUGGCUGUAACCAUCAUGGUUACCUACAUCAUGGGGAGGGCAAGAUGGAUUCCUUAAAGUAUUAGGAAAUCCUAGGAGAAAAUGCCGUACAGUCUGAGUAUGGACCUUCCAACAAGGCAAUGAUCCCACGCGUACCUCAAAUUCCACCAAGGUUUGGUUGCAGAAGAAGUCCUGAACAAUUCUACAGUGGCCAUCAGUUACCCUAUUUGAUCCUCAUGGAACAUAUCUGGGAUUUGAAGAAGGCGGUUGCAGCAUGCAAACACAAUGUUUCUGAACUGGAGGCCAUUGCUCAUGAGCAAUGGGCUAAGCAUCCUUAGGAAUGUUUCCAAACGCUGGUGUCUCACUAUGCAUCUCGUUUGCAGCAGGGCAUAACCGCAAAAGGGUACUCUACCAAGUAUAAAAGAUGCUUCCCAUCAAGGGGUUGAAUAAUUGUGAGACUUGAUAAGUCAUUAGAGAUUGCAUUUUCAGUUGAAUUUAAAGAAACCACUUGAGGCAAUCGUUGCUGAGCUAUUUCAGUUGCUUUUCUUUGAUUUGUUGUUUGACGAUAGCUGAAUGUCUGGAAAUAUAUGAUAAACCUGGUUUUCAGUGGGAGUUAAAUCAUUUUCAUUACAACUGUACAUCUUAUCUCUCAUUGGAAUUUUGUCCCACUACUGCCCUUAAUAUUGGUUUUGGUGAGAAUAGUCUUCUCUGAUUAAAAUUAUUCAUUUGUUAACCUUUUUAUCACCAUAUAAUUACAUGUUGCAACUGUAUCCUAGGUGCCUGCCAUGAUAUUGCACUUUUAAUUUUUUUUGAAGAAGAAGAACCUAGUCUCUAUAGUAGUUUGCAGCUGGUAUGGUUUUUGUUUAUGCAGUUAGUAAUUUGUUUGCACUAGUAAGGACAACUAUCCUUCCCUUAGUACCAUUUUAACAAUAUUAAUAAGCUGUUUUUAACUGAGGACACAUUUUAUUGGAAUCAACCGGUUUGCUUUUUUUUUUUGUCAUUUCUAUGUCAGGGAGUUAUUCCCUACUAAUAUAAAAAAAAGAGGGGGGCGAUAGAUACAGUGCUAACUCUACAGGCAGCAGGUCUGUAGUAUGGAUACCCUAACAAUCCAAAAUGAUGGGACAAAAAAUGGAAAAGGGAAACAUGCUGCCCUCCCCACCCCCCCACAGAAAAAUGUUGACUAAGGUGUUUGAACACACUAUAUCGAUGUUUAAUAGCUUAAAUAAGAAUAUGGUAUAAAAGUUCAGAUGAGAAAUUCUGCAUGGUAUAAAUAUAAAAUCUGCUGGAAAUAGUAUUCUUGGAGGUCAAUCUGUUGUCCUCCUUCCUGAAAAAAUAAUCAGGUCUUUUAGUAGAGAUGAGAAAAACAAAGACAUAGUUUUUUGAUAGAAAAACAAAGACACCUAUAGUGUCCUAGAUAAUGUAAUGAUAAAGGUACACUCACAAGAAGGGAGCACUGUUCACUUUUUCCAUUUUUGUUUAUUCCUUAAUACGGUUUUCCUGGAACUCUAUUCGAUCAACUGCAAAAAAACAGAUGUGUGGAAGACUAAACUUGAUGGACAUUUGUCUCUUUUUAGUCUAUUGAACUAUGUAACUUUUGGAUUGCUCCAUAGUUUACUUCAUUGUGUUGAUGCUGUUUCAGUUGGCUACAAUCUGAACACAACAAAAUUCACCACAUUUUAACUUUGUAUUGAUUUUUUUUUUUUUUUAUGUAAGGGUAAAGAGAAAGAAUUGAUGGAACUAAGCAAGGCUGUGAAUGAAACUCGUUCAAAGAUGGAUGUGGCCCAGUCAGAGUUGGAUAUAUAUCUGAGUCGCCACAACACAGCAGUUGCACAACUUAACAAAGCUAAAGAGGCUUUAAAUGUUGCUUCUGCAACUCUAAAAGAAAGAACAGCUGCCAUAAAAGAGUUGGAGACAAAAUUACCCAAAUCUCUUGAAGACCUUAAGAAGGUGAAUUUAAUUCUCAAUUUAAUAAUUUUUCUUCUGCUUCUCCUAUGUUUAAGCUUUAAAGGUGCUACCAUGACCCAAACCCACCAAUUUAUUACAGGCAGACAUUGGGAUGACAGCAUAACGGAUUAGAUGUGGGCAUUUAAAUGCAGUUUUCAUAUAACUUUGUUGGCACAAAAACGUUCAAAUUCCCAGAGAGUUGAAAACCUAGAAAUAGUGUCAGUAGAAAGUAUUGUAUGCUCAAAAAUUAGAUUGAUUUAUGCUAGAAUUCUUAAACCUGCUCUAUGGAGGUAUAGAAUUGACAUCUCCAUAUCCGUUUCUACUUUUUCCUGGCCAGCUUCUACUUAUUAAAGUACCUGUUAAAGGACUCAACCAAUUCUGGUCAAGUCUAGCAUGAGAAUCUGCGUUCCUAAUGAUGACUGGGAAUUUAAAAGAUAACUUCACACCUCCUCAAGUGGGUGGACAGUCUCUGGAGCGGAGAGCAACUUUUUUUUGUGUUCCGCUGGCUGUCCUGCCCGACAAUCUUGACAGUACUGAGAGGAAGUUAUAUAAUUGCACAUACUUCCAACACUGAAUCAUGGAACAAGGAAGCUCAUUGUAACGGAUCACCUGGCACACCGACUGGGUACCUCCGUUGAUGGAUGCUCCUAGCGCUUCCUGAGGGCUCCAAGCACUCCAGCUGACCCUAUAACCACCGUAGACUCCUCCAGAGAGCAAGGCAGGAACAAGCUCUUACAAGAGCUUAGUAGUGAUUUAGCAAGGGAGUAUGACAAGCCUAGCAAUCCCUUGUAGCAGAUUCCCCCAAUAAGAGAUGGCACUCCAAAUUGAAGGUGAAGUAGAACUGAACUUUUAAUCCAACACUCUGCUUUUAUGCCCAUUUUACACAUCUAGUACCGCCCACAGGGUUUUGUAAAACUAAUAAUAAAAUAUGUACAUUACAAUAAAACACUCCAAGCAAUUACACACAAACCCUCCCCUCUGCCUGUGAGAUAAUUACUGAACACAAUGGGUUAAUGUAAUUAUCACAGGCAGGAAAAAUACACUUUUUACACAUACACUGUAACUUUAAAAAUAUACAUUCAAUCUUCCUAAAAAUUACAUAUUCGAACUCACACUUUAAUUGCAAACAUAUCCAAAAUUCCAUCCAGGGGUUAAAAAGUUAGCUGGAAGUCCUUUAUGACUUACCACAAGCACAUUUUCAUGCCCAAAACCGUUCCAGAGAAUAAGUCAGUUGGUACCAAUAAAUCAGUAAAUACAUUUGUGUGUGUGUGUGUGUGUGUGUAUACAUACACACACACAUAUGCUCUUUCUCCCUCCCUCCUCUUUAUAAAUCGCUGGUAAGAUCACACUUUGAAUAUACUGUGCAAUUUUGGGCACCUGUUCUAAAGAAGGAUAUCAUGGCACUAGGAAAAAGUGCAGAGACGAGCUACAAAAUUGAUACAAGAAAUGUAGCAUUUUAGUUAAAAAUUUCUUCCCCAAACUACAUAUAAUCUCAGUGUAUUAUAUUUAGGCAAUGAACACAUUGCAUGUUCAAGAAAGCUUAGAGGAGAAAAGGAAGAAAACAAAGCAUACCAGGCUACCGUGUAACUAUAAAACUGCUACAUAAUUGUGUAUAACUUUAUAGAGAAAGUGCAAUGACAGGGAUUAUGUGUUAGUGCCUAGCCAAAGCAGUACUGAUCUUUUAUGUAUUUGGUGUUUCUCCCCCACUUUGAAGGAACAGUCCUUGAGGGGUGAAACCGUUUGUAAACAGUUUAACCCUAAAGUUGCACAAAGACCAUGACAUUCAAACUGUCGCUCACAUUUUGGAUCAUUUUUGUCUAUGGUUUCAGUGAGGCUACCUAUUCAUACCUACAUAAGGUAUGUACAUACUGACCUAAAUCUGUUUAGAAGAGGAAUGUAAGAAUAGCAGUCUUGCUUAGUGUUAUAGAGGAAAUCUAAAACAGAGUGUUAAAAUUAACUAAAUCUAAGCUUCUGGGUGUUUUGGAACUUAAAGCAAUUUAACCUAAAUAAAUGGUUUUCAAUGGACAAACUCAUAUUAGUGCAUUUAAAAAUCGACAUAAGCAGGAAAAAAAAAAAACCUUGUUUGAAUUUCGUGUGUAACUCCUUUAGGUAAGACCACACCUAGGACCUUGUGCCAUAGCAUUUUUAUUGAGAUGAAUGUUUGGUUCCCACAGUGUCCUUUUAAUAUUUUUGCUGUUCGAGGGAAAAAGAAUAUUAAAAUAUUUUUUUAUAAGUUACUUAGCCUUUUUACUAAACUGUGUUUAACCAAGCAAUGAUUCCUCUUUUUAUUAUAUAGAAAGAAAGUGAAUAUGAAUCAUUAGUGCAUGAAGAAAAUAAUAUAAAGAGCCAAGUUCGAGAUCUACGGCAGAAGGUAGAAGAAGCAAAGAGUUCUUUAUCUGCCAACCAAAGCAGGGGAAAGGUUCUUGAUGCUCUGAUUCAACAGAAGAAAUCUGGAAAAAUUCCUGGUAUUUAUGGAAGAUUGGUAAGGUUUAAAAAAUACUUUAGAAUGUGAAAGUCCCAUUUUAAAGGGUAAAGCAAUAAAAAUAAUUUUUUUUUUUUUUUCAAUUCUUUUUAUUAGAUUUUUUUCAUGAAAAUAUUAAUUGACAUAACAUCUAGGGGAAGGAACCUUACAGAAAAAAAUUAAGGACUCCUAUCCCCAUUAAGCAUACAAAGGUAUAUUAUUCUAUUUCAAAUUACAUCAAUAAGCCGUCUAGUACACAAUAAUAUAGUAACAUUAACCCCUUCAGGACGGGUGACGGACGAGGUCUGUCACAGAGGGGAGACCCUUAACGACGGGUGAUGGACCUCGUCCGUCACGCGGUAAAAUUAACCCCGGAUCGCGGGGUUAAUGGUGCUCCGGUAUGCCUCUGCAUUAGAGGCAUACCGGGAGCACCCGGUCAGGCUGCCCAGCACAUGUGCUCGCUCUGACCGCAAGUCAGAGCGAGCACAUGUGCUCUGUAUACUCACCUACCGGCUCCCUGCACUUCCGGGUUCUGUGUGAAGUGCAGGGAGCCGGAUCAGUGCUGAUCCUGCCCCCUGCUGUUAAAAAAAAAAAAAGUUAAUUUAAAGUCCCCCCCCAUUACCCAUUUUAAUAAAAAAUUAACCCCUUCCCUGCCAAUUGAUCACUGACUACAGUGAUCAAUUGGCAGGGAUUACAUUUUACUAUGAUCUGAUUUUUUUUUAACCCUGAGGGUUAAUUCUUUUUUUUUUUAACCCUCAGGGGUUAAAUUUAUUUAAUUAAAAUAUUUUAAAAUUAUAUAUUUAGCUAGCUGGGGUGGGUGGAAGUUAGUGGGGAAUUGGGGGAUUUGGCGUUAGGCUAACUAGGGGUUAACGUUAAAAGUUUUAAAAUAAACUUUAAAAAGUUAAAAAUUAAGCUUCAAAAAAUGUUUUAAUAAAUAAAUAAGUAAAAAAAACAAAAAACCUUUACCUAGUCCAAAUAAAAAUUAACCCCUUCCCUGCCAGUCGAUCACUGCCUACAGCGAUCAAAUAGAGAUCACAGUAUUAUACUGUGAUCUAAUUUUUUUUUUAACCCCUGAGGAUUAACACUUUUAUUUAUUUUUUAACCCUCAGGGGUUCAAUUUAUUUAAUUAAUUUAAAUAUUUUAUAACUAUGUAUUUUGCUAGCUGGGGUGGGUGAGAGUUAUGGGAAAAUGGGGAAUUUACUGUUGGUGCUGCGUACUGCUAGUUAGGGGUUAACAGUAAAAAGAAAUAAAGCUUAGAAAAAUGUUAAAUCUGUAAAAAAAAAAGUUUUAAGAAAGUUUAGGAAAGUUUAAAAAAAUUAAUACACAAAACAAAAGUUUAAAAACUAGUUUUUAAAAGUAAAAAAGUUUUAUAAAAAGUAAAAAAAUACAUUUUAAAAACGCUCAUUACCACUACACCUGGAACAAACUAGAGAAAAAAUUAUCCCACGCUAUGGUUCAAAAUAUGCCUUUUGAAUCACCCCAGGGUGUAUUCUUUAAUAAAUAGUAUGUGUUUGUGGGGAAGUUUCAAUAACCAACCGUCUAAACUACUCCAAAUUGGAACAUGGACACAGCGUAAAACUUCAAAGUUAGAAAAAAACUGAAUGGCUGCGUCUCAAAUGCGCCCCUUCAACAUCCACACAUACCUGGCAAAGGUACAUACAGGGGUAUUGCUGUACUCAGCUGACAUAGCUGAGCAACAUAUGAAGUAUUAUACAGUCAUAGCACACAUAAGGUUUGCAAAAUAUGCUGCGCAAACUCACUUUGUAUGUCAAAAAGGCAGAAAAAUGCUUAUUACCACUACACUUGGUACAAGCUAGCGGAAAAAUGAUCCCACGCUAAGGUUCAAAAUAUGCCUUUUGAAAUACCCUGGGAUGUCUUCUUUAAGAAAUGGUAUGGCUUUAUGGGGAAUUUGGAUUAUAUAGCCUGGUAAAAUACUCUAAAAUGGGACAUAGGCACAGCAUAAAAAUUCAAAGUUUGAAAAAAAAACUGGAAUGGCUGUGUCCCAAAUGUGCCCCUCCGAUGUCCACACAUACCUGGCAAAGGUACAUACGGGGGUAUUGCUGUACUCAGCCGACAUAGCUGAGCAACAUAUGAAGUAUUAUACAGUCGUAGCACACAUAAGGUUUGCAAAAUAUACUGUGCAAACUCACUUUGUAUGUCAAAAAGGCAGAAAAAACGCUUAUUACCACUACAUCUGGUACAAGCUAGCGGAAAAAUGAUCCCACGCUAAGGUUCAAACUAUACCUUUUGAAACACCCUGGGGUGUCUACUUUAAGAAAUGGUAGGCCUUUGUGGGGUAGUUUGAAUUUAAAACCUGCGAAGAUGCUUGGAAAUUGCACAUAGGCCCAGCGUCAAAAUUCAAAGUUUGGUAAAAACGGAUAUGGCUUGGUCUCCUAUAUGGCACUGUAGCUUCACGAAAUAGUGCCAAAGACAUUCAUUGGGGGUGUCUUUUUACUCAGACUUAGCUGAGCAUAAUUUGGGAGGUUUGAACUUAGUGGCACAUAUGACAAUAUACAAAACGCCCAGCAAAAAUGCAAUCCGUAUGUAAAAAAAUGCACAAAAUUAUUUUUUGCCACAUACUUUGGCAUAUAUUGGUGAAAAAAAUGGGGGCAUGUUAAGGCACAAUAUGCACCUUAUGAGAUACCCUGGAGUGUCUACUUUUACAAAUGGUAGGCCUUUGUGGGGGGUUUUUGAACAGUCAAACUAUCAUAAUACCCCAAAUGGAAGCUAAGGCUAAUUCUACUGUGAAUACUGAAAAGGACAGGUAUCCUGUGUGGCACUAUAACUUCACAAAAUAGUGGCAAAGACAUACAAUGGGGGUGUCGUUUUACUCAGCAGAUGUAACUGAACACAAAAUAAAACUUUGUACAGGAAUAGCACACACCAGCUUUACAAAAUAUACACGAGAAUUUCUUUGUUAUAAGUUUGUGUGCCAAAAACCAAAAAAAACACAAUUUUACUCCAAUAUUUAGCAGAGGUUGGCGGUGAAAUGGCUACGUAGAAAGUGUCAAAACAACCUUAGGUAAAUAGCCCGUGAUGUCUACUUUAUAUAAAUAUAUACUUUUGUGUAGCAAUUUUGUUUUCUUUUAUGGCUAUUAGGCUUACAAGACAAACAUACCAAAUUCUAAAAUCGCUCCACAUUAAAAGUCUAUUUUACUCCUUGUGCUUUGUGACCUGUAACUACCAAAAAAAACUUAAAAUCCCAGACACAUUGUAUAUUCUGUAAAUCAGAACAACUAAAUUAAUUUAUUUUUAAUUACUUUUCUUAACCUGCACUAAUUAUGCACACAUUAUUGCAAAAACUGUAAAAAAAACAAACACAAUUUUCAUUUUUUUUUACAUUUUUCUGUAUUUUUUUUUUUUUAUAAUAAAUAAGCAUUUAUAUAUAUGUGUGUUACAUCAAAUUAAAGCCCUUUCUGUCCUUUAAAAAACGAUGUAUAAUAUGUGUUGGUGCAACAAAUUAGUAAAAUGCAAAUUGCAGUUGAACGCAAACAGCAAAAAAUUAAAAAAAUGCCGUUGUCAUUAAGUGAAAGACAAGCUUUUGAAGCUCUGUCCUUAAGGGGUUAAAGUCAAUAUAUAUGACCAGUUUUGUCUUUGUUUUUGUCUGUCUUAUUUUUAAGGUUUUUAAGGCCAAUUUUGGACCAUGAUAUCCCCUCGAUGAGACUUUUAGGAAUUAUAUAGGCUUUAAUAGUCCACCUGGAGAUUUCAUGCACUCUCCAUUCUUUUAAUAACAUAUUAGUCUCUUUUAACAGCUUAAAAAAAUUGAUUUCCAUAGUCCAUCUUAUAUCUGCAGUUAUAAUUACCCCCAAAUAUAUAAAAAAAUUUUUUGUCCAUUUAAAGUCAAAAUCUUUCUUUAGGGAAAAUAUAAUAUCUUUAUGAAUAUUAAUCGGCAUAGCUCUUGUUUUAUUCGUGUUCAGAUUAUAAUUUGAAACACUACUAUAGUUGUUAAAUUCUUACAUUAAACGAGGAAGAGAAACCAGGGGAUCCGUAAUAGAAAUUAAGAUAUCGUCAGCAUAUAAACAUCUUCCAUUCAUCAAGUUGAGUUCCUAAUCCUUUAAUCCCUACAUUUUGUCUAAUAUUAUUUGCUAGUGGUUCAAUUGAUAAGACGUAUAAUAAAGGUGAGAGAGGACACCCCUGUAUCGUCCCAUUGUUAAUAUAGAACCAAUCUGAGUAUAGAUAACGGGCUACUAUACGGGCAGAGGGAUUCGAAUAUAUAGCUCCCACCGCAUUCAAGAACCAUCUGUCAAAACCGAAUUGUAAUAAAGUUCUUUUCAGAUAUCCCCAUCCGACCCUGUCGAAGGCUUUUUCUGCGUCCACCGACAGGCUCAGAAGGGGGGUUCCCUCAACUUGAGCCCAUUCUAUAAUGUCCAAAACCCUACGGGUGUUAUUUGAGGAGUGUCUUCCCUGCAUAAAACCUAUCUGGUCCCUAUGUAUAAGUGAUGGCAAAACUGUUUUCAAACGUUCCGCUAAAAUUGCGGCAUAAAGUUUCAUAUCCACAUUAACCAGAGAAAUAGGACGAUAAUUACUCACAUCAUCUGGGCUUUUGCCCUGUUUCAAAAUUGGAAUAAUAUGAGCCCUUAAUAAAUCUUGAGAUGCAUUCCCUUUGAUUGCCAAUUCGUUCAAGGUAUCAGUUAACAACGGUAUUAAUUGUCUCUUAAAAACCUUAAAAAACAAAUUUGUAUACCCAUCCGGUCCAGGAGCUUUACUAUUAACAAGCUUAUCAAUUGCCAACUCCACUUCAUGAUGAGAUAUAUUUCUAUUAAGUUUCACCAUCUGAUCAUUAGAUAAUUUAGAUAGAUUGGAAUUUUUCAAGUAAAUGUCCAACAAACCUUGGUCAGGGGAUUUAUUCAGGUUAUAAAGUUUUUGAUAAAACACUCUAAAUUUACUGGCAAUUUCUUCAGGCUUAUAGAUGUAAUUAAUUCCAUCUCUUAAUUUAGAUAUCUUAUGGUCAGUCAUCUUUUUCUUCAGUUUAUUUGUUAAGACUGAGUCUACCCAGUUGUUCUUAUAAUAAUAUUUAAUAUUUAACUUGUUUAGAUUACGUUCCACCCUAUUCUUAAUCUGUUCAUUUAUCUUUUCUUGGUAGACUUUAAUAGCUAAGGCUCUAUCUUCAGAGUAAACUUGUUUGUUAGUUUUAGAGAGAUUAUAAAAUUGAAUAUAAAGAUCCGACAAAAUAUUGUCUACAUUCCUUUUUUGAAAACUUGUAAAGUAGUCAUCAGGGGAUACUGGAUAAAACUUUCAAGAGGACCAUAAGCAUUCUUUAGAUACCUCAUUAGAUGAAUUCUCCUUAAUAAAGAAAUCAAUUAACUUCUCUAUAUGUUCUACAUUUGCUUUAUUUUUUUGCAGAUAAUCUGCCAAUUUCCAGAUCUGCGGAGGUCUCUUAUUAAUUUCCACCAGAUCUGCGAUUACCAUAUCAUGGUCUGACCAAGUAUUUUCAACGAUAGAAAUUGCCUGAACUAGUUUAAAACUUCCCAAAAUCAUAUCUAUCCGAGCAGCCGAAUUGUGAGGGAUAGAUCUGUGCGUAAAAUUUCUUUCAUUGGGAUGAAACAAUCUCCAACAGUCAAACAUAUCCGCUUUCUUAAUCACUCUGCUUAACGACGCAGCCUGGCUUUUAAGAGAUUUAUCUAUCCUCUGAUUUUUAGCCAAUUGUUUAAAUAAAAAUCACCUUUAACGCAUUAUAUAGAUAAAAAAGAAAAAAAUCUGCAGAAGAAAAAAGAUCUGAAGAAAAGUUACAUAAUGUUUUAAAGUGGUUCAUACAAUGCUUAGUGAAUCUCGCUGCAUCUGCAGGAUGAAACGCUAGUCUUUGGUGACUGGUCUUAGGAGUUUAAAAUGCAGUAGCAAUUCUCCUAUCUGCUUUACUGUGGAUCACUAUAUCGUUAACUGUACUGUAUAUAAAUUCAAAGGAGCUACGCUCUGUUUUGGCAUCUGCUUAACUUCACACUACACAUGUCCAGUCCAUAUCUUUUUUUUUUUUUUUUUGUAGGAGAAGCCUUCCCUAUUAAUAAUGAGCUCAAAAUGAGUCAGAAAUUUUAAGCAAUGUUUCAGGGGGACCAGGGCUGCUAAGACUUGACCCUUGUAUGAAGUAAUCAAAAAUAAAAGAAAAUAAAGAUCAGUCCUGUGAAAAUAGGGUAGUUCAACCUGGUAAUAAAUGUAUCUCUACUUGAAAUAUGUACAAAAUAAAUGUUAUAAAUAUGUACAAUGUAACUAAAAAGUUAAACAAAUGUUCUUCCAGAAGAGAAGUAACAAUGUAUAAAUUAUGCAAUGUUCACAUUCGGACUUUAAAAAAAACUUGUCUGUAUGGUUCACCAGUUGGACAGGUAAAACAUAUUUCAGGAAAUCUGCUCUUAUUGGCGAUAAUACAUUAAGGAAGGGGGUAAAUUAGCUGACUGACAAUAGAUACUCACCUCUACUAGCUAAACCUUAUAUUUAGUAUUCAAAUGUAUGCCAAAAAAUAUAAUUAAGAAGUGCAAGGAUCACUAUGUGUAAAUUCGUAUCGAAGGGUAAUGAGUACUGCAGCGCCUCUAUUGCCAUCCCGCAAUAUAGUCAGCAUGUAAUGCAUCACAACACUGACCAUCUAGAGGUACGUAAUUAAAACUGAGAAAAUAGAAAAGAAAACCUCAGCUGUAAGUGAAAGCCAUUAAAGUCAGCCUACUAUAUCUGCCUCUUCCACCUGAAAUCUAGCUAGACAGGAUACAGAGUGCAAAAAAGAAUUUUAAAGUGAACAGUGAUUGGUGUGCAAUAAAGUGUCAAAUUAAGUGUGAGGUAGUAAGAGACAUUGUGAGUUUGUGCUGCUGUACCUUUGUCCAAGGGCUAACCAAGUCUGGCUGUAACGUGUUAUAAAGUUGUUCGUCCCAAGGAACACCCAACGGUGAUAUCCAAUUGCAGCCAGGAGGAGAAAGUGUUUUGAUUCCCUAAUUGUUGUCAGUCUGAAGUGUCAAUUCACCUGUUUGUCCUUCCUCUUGUGAGGUGUAUAGCUAAAGGGGUGUGGAUAUUGACAAUGUGUCAAGCGUGGCUUGUCAAUAAAGUGUAACGCCAACCAUGGAUGUACACACCCAGACGGUUGUACCAGGACCGCAUCAUAUAAUGAUAAAGGCAAUGUUCAAGAUAGACAUCAUAGUAGAUUGAGGGUGUAAUCUCCCCCUGUUAUAAUUUAGUGUCCCCACCCGCCGGUGAGGACAAUAGGUUCUACCCCUCUCCAUUAUUAUCAAGGGCUGCCACUCAGGGGUUGGGGCCUGGGGGAGGACAAUAGGUGUGUGUGUGUGUGUGUGUCUCUAUCUCUCUCACUAAACUAGUGUAUUAUAUCAGCAUAAAAGUAGAUAAAACAAAUAUAGUGCACACUGUAAUGUCUCUUGGUACAAGUAGGAUAAUCACAAGUGUGGAGCAAAAUUGGAUUUUGCUCAAUCCAAACAGCUUAGUCGGUUUGUUCCCCACCUAGGAAACUGGUGUCCAGGGUAUGGUGAAUUAAAAGCAGGAGGAUCCAGGGUGUCUUGAAAUAAAUUAGUAUUUAUUCUGACUCCUAUAGAGAGAGAGAAAAAAGAAAUGCCAACACGUUUAAUCAAUGUGAGAAACACUUUAAGGUGCUACCCCUUGCUUCCUCUACCAGCAAUUUGCAUUUAUCCUGAAAAAGGAAAAACUCCAGAUUGGUGUUGGAGCUGCCUACCUUCAUCUAAUGCUGCUGGAGCAAUGAACCUCCAUAUAGACUGUAACAAAUAUAUUCUAACUUCAGACACGGUGUCAAGACCAGGCUAUGUUUACACUUGAUUAGACUCUUUUUAGACCAUUAUGACACACCUGUUUUAUUUUGCUCUACUCUUAAGACCAAAUGGAAAGAUACAAUAUCAUUACAAGGCUACAGAAAACAAGCCGAUCACAGCGUUAUGUGACAUGAUACAUAAAUUAAGGAUCUAGCUUCAAGAGAUCUAUGGUAAAGAAACAAUUCCAGACUUUCAGGGCUGCAAACACAUUUUUGAAAAAUGCAUCUUUAGACUGGAUUACUCCAAUUCGUAGUUUACUCCCAAAAUCUUAGCAUCCCAGUUUGGGUUAAGCAUGAUCAAGGCACCAAAUCAUUGCAUGUGCAAUAUUACGUUACAUGAUAGCGAGGUAUAGGAAACCCAUUAGCAAGAUCAAUGUCCCCCCUAGGAGUGGCUUGGAACGUGCAAUGCAAAAGAAGCAGGUAAAUAUGAAAAACAAUUAGAUUUACCUGCUUUUUCUACUUGCUGAAUGAGAACAGUCUCUUUUAAAACCUAUUGGAUUCAUGUAACCUUAAACACUGUGUAUUCUAGAGAUUUUUAAAGCACCUAAACAACUUACAUGCCUAAUAAACAUUAUGGUUAGACAACCUAAUUUGCAACCCAGAUCUGCAGAUUUUAGCUCCGCCUUCAUCUUCUGUUUUCAACAGGAAAUAGAUUGUUAAAGGCAGUUCAAAUUUGCAUUAAUCACACAGUGCCUUAGUUUGAAAUAAUAACUUUUACCUUUUUUUUUCUUUUAGGGUGACCUUGGAGCUAUUGAUGAGAAGUAUGACGUGGCUAUUUCAUCAUCAUGUGGUGCCCUGGAUCAUAUUGUUGUUGAUACAAUCGAUACAGCUCAAGAAUGUGUAAAUUUUUUGAAAAAGCAAAAUGUUGGUGUAGCAACUUUCAUUGGAUUAGAUAAGGUAUUGAUGUGUUUUUUUUGUUUAUGUAUAUAUUUUUUUAUUUUCCGUUCUGGUGAUCUAUGUGCUUUAUUUUCUUAAUCAGAUGAAGGUCUGGGAAAAAGGAAUGGACAAGAUUCAGACCCCUGAAAAUAUUCCACGCUUGUUUGAUAUGGUGAAACUAAAAGAUGAACAAAUUAGACCAGCAUUCUACUUUGCGUUACGGGAUACACUAGUUGCUGAUAAUCUGGAACAAGCAACUAGAGUUGCUUUUCAGAAGAAUAAAAGAUGGAGAGUUGUAACUUUGCAAGGACAAAUUAUUGAGCAGUCUGGUAAUACCCAUUUAUUUUUAAAUGUUUGCUCGAUUGAGUUGUGGAGGAAACUAACCUCAAAUACUUCACAGCAUAGUGAAUAAAGUGCUGUUAAUUGAGAAUUUAAAAGAGUUUGGCUAUUUCGACAUAAUUUAAGAAAUUCAACUGCAAAUGUUCCAGCUUUCUUGUUUUGUACACAUUUUGUUCAUAUUUUGCAAUUUUCGAAGGAAAAAGAGCAUCACCAUCUAAGAACUGAAAGGGGAAGGGUUAUAGGCUUCUAAUGGAAAGUCCGGAAAAUGCCUAACAUUAAAACAUUAUGUGUAAAGCACAUUUCCAGUUGCUAAAGCUUUUAGCCACUAAUUUAGCCUGUUUAAGUGAAUAAACAAGCUUGUUGUGUCCAUGUUUAAUCCUAUAACAAACACAGAAAAGUAUUACAGUAAAGUUUAAUGUUUUUAGUGCGUGUGUGUAUGUGUAUAUGUAUGUGUGUAUAUAUAUAUAUAUAUAUAUAUAUAUAUAUAUAACAAUUAUGCAAUCGUUAGUAUAUGAUUCCAGAAACACAGCCAAAUGACUUAAUGUAGGCUCCAUAUCCUUGUAAUACUUUUUAAGUAAAACCUGCAAACAUUUAUAUUUAAUGAUUCCUUUUAAUUCUGCUUCCAGGUACUAUGACAGGUGGUGGGGGAAGAGUUAUGAAAGGCAGAAUGGGAUCAUCUGUUAUGGUUGAAAUAUCAGAUGAACAGGUUGGUAUUGAUAGUCACCAGAACCAGAUGUUUGUAAUGCAAUACAUUUCAUUUUGGUGGUUUUCUUUUCUUUUGUAGUUACAGAAAAUGGAAUCCAAACUUAAUUCUGACUCCAAUAAAGCCGCUGCAAUACAAGAACGCAAGGUACAGCUGGAAGAGGAGCUAACCAAACUUCGCCAAGCAACAAGAGAGAUGAAAAAUACUUUUGAGAAAUAUACAGCCAGCCUGCAGGUACAUAAACCAUGCUAGUAGUCUUAAAGAGUUCCUAUCAUGAUAAAUACAUCUCCCCCAUUCAGUCAUUGCCAAUCCGCACAGAUAAGAGUGUUGUGCUUUGUGUGUCUGUUAUCAGGGAAACACUCCUUUUGGUUGUUCUACUUGCUUUCAGCCUAAAGGAAAGCAAUGCUUGCAAGGGGGAGAAAUGGCAGGCUCUGUGUGAGUGAAGCCGCAUGCAGAUAAAGAACAUGAAUGAUUUAUUGCAUGAGCUUUGGACAAUCUGAGAGUGGAGAGCUAGAACAGGUUUAUUUACAUACCAUAAAGCUUAGGGGUAAAAAGUCUGUGCUUCUUAAAAAGGGGAAGGCAGGAGAGAUGAUACAACAAAAAAGUGCACAAUACAGAGGUGAACUAAAAAGUAAGCUCAAACACCUAAAAAGUGGUAUCCCCUACACCACUUUAAAACACAUAAUUAUACAUACAUACAUACAGGGAAGGUGGAUAUUUAGAAGCUCCACCUUCCCUGUAUGAAGUCAGGAGAGAGGCAAGUCCCAUUGAAAACGUGAUUGAUGUUCUUAGUAGGAGACAGAUAAUGGAAUUAAAUAAAAAUUUGAGCUUUAAUGGUAUUAUAGGAACACUAUAGGGUCAGAAAUACAAACGUGUAUUCCUGACCCUGUAGUGUAAAAAACACUGGCUUCCUUUGUCCCCUUAAAAAAAAAAUAGAAAACUUGCCAUAUCUGAUACUGGCCCUGCCACUGAUCCGCCUCCUUGGCUGUUAUCAUAAUCAUUGAUCUCAGCCAAUCAAAUGCUUUACCAUAAGAAAGCAUUGGGAGGCUAUUGCGCAUGCACUGCAAAAAAUCUCGCUGGCAAAUCCAGCAUCUCUUCAUACAGAGGUAUUGACUCAAUGCAUCCCUAUGGGGAACGUUCAGAGCAUGGAGACACUGACCCACAAAGCACCUUUUUGUGGCAGUCUGACUGCCGCUGAAGGUGUCCCUAGGUAGCAAUGUAAACACUGCCUUUUCUUAAAAAAAAAAAAGCACGGCUUACAGUAAUAAGUCUGCGAGGACUGAAUAUACUUACAAGAGCAACUACAUUAAGCUCUAGUUGUUCAGGUGACUAGUGUCCCUAUCAGCAUCGGCGUUCAGCAUCUCCACACUCUACAUGGAGAAGCUGAAAUCGUCCCGACAAUUUGGGGAGGGGCAAAGAGCCUAAACUGUUUUUUAACACUACAGGAUCAGGAAUACACAUUUUGAAUUCAUGACCCUAUAGGUGCCUUUAAUUGUAUAACAUUAGUCAAGAUAGAUGGUUAGUAAACUGCAAACAUUUGUAUGUCAUGACAGGUUCUUUUUAAGUUAUUUGUUCCUGACUUGAUGAAUGAUUUUGACUUGUGAUAUAUUGUUUGUGGAAAGGGUUUCAAGUCUUUAAAAUACCAUGACACAAAAUGGAUAGCUGAGUACUUGGUUUUUACAACUCAUUUCAUAUCAAGAAGUAUGAAUCAAUUUGCAGUAGGGUAACAGAUCAGAUAAACUUAUUAUUACUCUAUGCUUUGUAACUUUUUAGAGUCUCUCUGAGCAAGAAGUACACUUGAAAACCCAGUUGAAAGGGCUGGAAGCUAAUGUCGCUGCUACUGUACCGGAUAAAAACCAACAAAAACAAAUGGAAAAAAACCUGGAAAGCUUUAGAAAAGGUAUGCUACUAUUUUAAUAUGUACAAAUUAGAAUCUUUAAAAAAAUAAAUGUUUAUCUGUUUGCUUAUUGCACGUUACAUAACUUAAGUGCAGAUAUGCUUUAUAACUACAGCUGUUUUAAAUGGUUACUAUAUAAUGGACUGAUGCUCAAUGUAAUGCAUUAUAAAAAUACUUAAUAACGAUGCUCUUUCAAAAUUCCUGCCAUUUCUGUGAUGGAAGCUUAUUAGGCCCUCCCCAUAGAAAAGCAAUGCUUCAAUGCUUUACUAUGGGGAUUUUACAGACGCUUGAUGUCCUCAUGUUCUGCAUGAGGAUGUCCAGCGUCGGGCAACUAAAAGACGCUUAGCAAGCAGUAAGUGCCUCUAACGGCUUACUGACAGCCACUAGAGGCAGUCUUGGUCCUGCCAUGUAAUUAUUGCGUUUUCUCUAAAACUGCAACCAUUUACAUUGCAGAACUACAAGGGACAGAAACCUUGCACCCAGACCACUUAAAUGAGCUGCAGUGGUUUGUGUGCCUAUAGUGUCCAUUUAAGAAAAGCAAUUCAUUUGUUUGUCCUGCCCACAGCAUUGUAACUGUGGGGAUAUGAAUCAUUGAUUGCAGUUUAGGGCCACUAAUUCUGGGUUCCUUGGUACCAGCAGGGAUCUAACCCCUGUUGGUACUUUUACUGCAUGAUGGCCUCUAUGCUGUCACUGGGCAUUAAAUUUAAGCACUGCAUAACUGUGCAGACAGUCAUGUGGUCCUUAAGUGGAUAAAAGUGUUUGCUUUAAAAAAUAAUUGUCAAGUAUAUGCAUGUCCCUUUUUAAGAAGCAGGUAUUUUUAGUAUAUACAAUACCAUCAGGCUCACAAAUUUUAUGUGUACUCUCCAAUCUCCUGAGAAUGUAACGAUCUGCAACUCAGGCUUUUAACAGAGCUAGUAAAAAGGCUACCUUAACAUCAUGGGAAGCCCCAACUCGAAGCAGCUGUAGUGCCAAGUACAUUAUAUCAGGGCUCGACAAAUCCCACGUCGCCAUGGCAACUAGAAAUUUUGCCUGGGAUUUGAAUUCUAAAGGCAGAAUGGUGGAACAAUGGAGCCGGACGGACGACUCUGGGAUCGUGGAGGCAGCCGUCCUGAGCUGCUUAGAGGCGGCAGGCCGGGGCAGCGCACAAUGGAGCAGGAAUCUUCCUGAGGCUCCCUCGUGCUGUAUAGUGAUGUUGGGUGCCGGAAUACGACGUCAUUCGAGCCCCAGCAUCACUACAGGGCGCAACAGGUAGAUUACUGCUCCCUCGCACGCAGGAUGAGCGAACAGCCCACACUGGACCCCAGGGAAAGUCCACUCCCUUCUCCCAAAGGUAGGGAGGCUGUGUGGAUUAUAAUUGGGAAAAUGUCAAUUUGUAGGUGGGUGUCUGUUGCUGGCUGUGGGUGGGUGUCUUUGUGUGUCUGUUUAGGAACCUGCACCCCUCCGGUCCCGAGAGGUGUUUUUACUCCCCUUCUUUCUCACUCCGUGACAGUUUUCCACAGCUUGUACUGCCUUCAUGUCUGAGAUCAAUCUUUAAGAUCUCCACUAAACCAGUGCUUUGCUAUAGGAAUGCAUUGGGAGGAUAUUGCACAUGUUCUCUAUGGGUAACAUUCAGCACUGUCACUAGAGGUGUUUACAGACCGCAAUGUAAAUGCUGCCUUUUCUAUGAAAAGGCAGCAUUUACAUUAAAAAGGCUACAGGGACAGGUCAUAGACACCAGAACUACAUUAAGCUGUAGUGGUUCUGUUAACUAUAGUGUCAGUUUAAGUAUUGUGUAUUUCUCAUAAUUUAUACUCCGAUAGUUUUAAAAGCUGGCUCCUAGACUACAAACAAAUUUGUCAAGCCCUGAAUUAUAUAAUCUGUGCCGGUGUUAAGUCCCUUUAAUGUCUAGUAUAAUAACCCAUUUGAUUUGAUAUGCUUGUUCCUAGAAAAUGUAUACCGCAUAUACUAGAGUAUAAGCCGAGGCACCUAGUUUUACCACAAAAAAAUUGAAAAACGUAUUGACUCAUGUAUAAACUUCAAAAUAAAAAUAUGAUGCCUCAAUUAAUGUAAUUUUAUUGGUAUCAGUAGGUUAACGGGACUCUCCAGUGCAACAAUCAGUUUUCCUGGCACUGCAGGUCCCCUCUCCAUCCCACCUCCCAUCCCCGGUUGCUGAAGGGGUCAAACCCCCACAGGCAGCGACUGUCCCUUGGCACUGCUUCUUGGUCCGCCCACGCUCCUUCCCGUCACCAUGUCAGCAGGCGGGGGAGAUUGAUGGGAGUUGGCACCCAGACCAUUCCAAUGGGCAGAAGUGGUAUAUGUGCCUGGAGUGUCCCUUUUAAAUGUUUUUGAAUAUUUAUUUACAGUGUGUGUAUAUAAUGAAUGCUGUCUGUGUAGUGUGUGUGUGUAUAUAAUGAAUGCAGAGUGUGUGUUUGUGUAGUGUGUGUAAACUGGGUGGGGGGGAGGGCGUUUUUAUUUUAAUAUUUAUUUAAAUUUUAAACGUUUUUUUUUUUUAACUUUUAUUUUUUUGUCCCCCCUCCCUGCUUGUUACCUGGCCAGGGAGGGGGACUAUGGUAUUCCCUGGUGGUCCAGUGGCAUGGGCUGUGCAGUGGGGGCCCGCAGAAGCUUACUUACCUUCCAAGCAGCUUCCUUCAGCUCCCCUGUGUAAAUCUCAUGGUCUGCGUGCCACGUGUAUCGUUGCUAUGGUAACCCGCCGCAACGCUCUGACGGCUGUGGGACUCAUGAGAUUUAGACAGGGAAGCUGAAGGGAGCUCCUGGGAAGGUAAGAGCUUCUGUGACCCCCCGGGACCGCCGGGCUUGCCAUUAGCCCGGCGGUCCUGGUCUGUAUUAUGGCAAUGUACCCUUUUUACUUAGAGUCAAUGUCUGUAUUAUGGCAAUUUACAUUGCCAUAAUACAGACCAGGACCGCCGGGCUCAUUACAAGCCCGGCGGUCCUGUUGGGGGCUGGCAGUGAGCUCUUACUUACCUUUCCUGCAGCUCCCUCCUCCUCCGUGCAGCUCCCCUGUCAGCUCCGUUCUGCUCACAGUGUAAGUCUCGCGAGGCGGCUCUUGCAAGACUUACACUGUGAGCAGAACGGAGCUGACAGGGGAGCUGCACGGAGGAGGAGGGAGCUGACAGGAGCUGCAGGAAAGGUAAGUAAGAGCUCACUGCCAGCCCCCCCACUGAACUGCCAAUGCCACUGGACCACCAGGGAUUUAAUAUUAUUUUAUUUUAAUAAUAAUAAAAUAAUAUUAAAAUAUUAUUAAAUUAUUAUUUUAAUAUUUGCAUAAUUUUUUUUGUUUUUUUUGGCCAGGCAACAAGCAAGGAGGGGGGGACAAAUAAUUUUUUUUUUUUAAAUAUUGCAAAUAUUAAAAUAAUAUAAUAAAAUAAUAUUAUAUUAUUUUAAUAUUAUAUUAUUAUUUUAAUAUUUGCAUUAUUUAAAAAAAAAAUUUUGACCCCCCUCCCUGACCAGGCAACAAGCAGGGAUGGGGGACAAUUUAAAAAAAAUAAAAAAAAUAAUGCAAAUAUUAAAAUAAUAAUAUAUUAAAAUAAUAUAAAAUAAAAAUACCCUCCCCUCAUCCAGUACACACACACUGCAUUAUAUACACACAAACACACACUCUGCAUUCAUUAUAUACACACACAAACACACACUCUGCAUUCAUUAUAUACACACACUCUGCAUUCAUUCUAUACACACACUGUAAAUAAACUGUAAAUAAAUAUUCAAUUAAUGUAAUUUUAUUGGGAUCUAAUUUAAUUUAGAAAUUUACCAGUAGCUGCUGCAUUUCCCACCCUAGGCUUAUACUCGAGUCAAUACGUUUUCCCAGUUUUUUUGUGGUAAAAUUAGGGGCCUCUGCUUAUAUUCGGGUCGGCUUAUACUCGAGUAUAUACGGUAAGUUGCCAUAAUACAGACACUCAUUCAAGUAUAAGCCAUGGGGGGCUUUUCAAGCAUAAAAAAAUGUGCUGAAAAACUUGGCUUAUACUCAAGUAAAUACGGUAAUUGUUUUCAUGGAAUGAGCAUAAGUAAUUGGUUACCUGGUUUUAGAUGUAGAAAUGUAACAAACAUUCAAAUAAUUCAAGCUCCUUUUAUUUCCUAACUUACUAGCCAGACCUAAAUGUUACUCCCCACCACAAAUGUGUCCUACCAGUAUUUUGUUUGUGAUGUACACUGUCUAUGGCAGGGAUUUUUACUAUGGAUGAGUUCACAGGGAAGGCUAUACUGUGAAUCUCUAGUUGUGAGUGCAAGUGAUGUGGGAAUGACAAGUAAAUUAAGUAUUUUGUUUCUCAGUGGUAAGAGUAGCUUAUUCUUGCUGCUGCUCCUUGUUCUUUCUUCCAAUAGAACAGCAACUACACUUAAUAAUUCUGUCUUUUUCACCUUGUAAGUGGCCCCGUCUUUACUUUAUUUGAAGAGACAUCUGACAUCUUAUCUGAAGUGGAUUAUUGGUAGUGUCUUUCUCUUCUUUCAGCCCUUAGCCAGAAAACUGUUUAACUUUUUAAAGUAGUAUGCACAGCAUUUCCGAUAGACGUACUCUGUUCUUUAGUUAGAUGAGGAUAAAUAUAAAAUACACCUCUUUAAAGAGAAAUAUGAUACAGCUGUGAUCGCUAACUGGGAUUUCAGUAGGUUUGCUUCCUUCCUCCUCCUCUCCCCCACACUUUUAUUCCAUUCUGAUUUAAUUCCAUAAUAUCAGAGUUCAGUGAAUAUCUGUCAAUGUCCAGGGCUCUAAGCAGAUUCUCCUAUUUUACAUUAUUUUAAGAGUCCGGAUAAGUUGAUUGUCAUGACCAAUACGUAGAUUGGGCUACUGCUUUAGGUAUUUAUAGUCUGUAUACUUCAGUCUGUAGAAGCUAGCUAGUCUAAGGUGUUUUUUUUUUUUUCUUUUUUCUUUUUCUAAACACCUUAGACACACCCAGGUAAUCCCUAAACCCUGGACUGGUAUGGGGUCCUGAGGACUAACGUUGAGAACCCCUGCUAUAGACCAUCUGGAUUUGUUUUAUGUGAAAAUACAAAAUGCUCAACUUUGGAGUGAACGUGGGAUUGUGAAGUGUAUGUAAUAAAGUGGUACUUGUGUAGGUGGGGAGAAUAAUUUAUAUAAGCGGGGGAAGCAUACUCUCCUUAUACCCACCCCUCUGUCUUUCUUUCAUUUCAGAAAUAGUUUGAAUGAGUAUUGUUGAAGGCAUAGUCCAAACAAUGUCAUGUAACCUGGUAACUUACUUCAGCGCCAUCUUGUUGGUGUGAACAUUCAGUGUACAUACGCUUGUUUGGCCUUUACCCCUUGAGCCCCCAGUGACAAUCACAACUGAAUAGAUGGUGUUGAUAGCAUGAGCUUCCAAUGACCAUUUGGCAUUAUAGUUUUCAGUGCUGUGCCUGUGAUGAAUAAUGUGGUUUUGGAAUUGCUUGCACUAGAAUGGAAUCUGCAAACAAAUAAAAUGUCUUUAUAUAGUUUGGUAGAAAGUUCCUAUCCAGUUGUAUAUCCAGUGUAUUAUUUUAUUUUCUAGUUUAGUAAUUUACACUGGCUGAAGUUACAAGAGUAGAAUAGUAUUUUUAUUGUUCAUUUAGUUUGGUUUCUAAUUUAUUUUAAAAUUUUUUAGAAUAUGAAAAAGCUGCAGAGAAGUCAGGAAAAGUGGAAGAAGAAGUUAAAAGAUUGCACAAGCUCAUUGUUGAUAUUAACAAUCACAAGUUGAAAGCUCAGCAAGAUAAGUUGGAUAAAAUCAGCAAGGAGAUAGACGACUGCACAUCUGCUAUAACCAAAGCACAAGUUUCAAUCAAGACUGCGGACAGGUAUGACAUUUUACAUAAACCUAUACCUAUCUACUCUAACCAUUCAUACAGAGGUUUGGAGGUCUACCUCCCUGUUGAACGUGUUACCAGUCAUGUAGAGAUAGAAUAGAGGCACUUGAUAACAAUUACAUUGUGCUACCUAAAUUGUUAGUACCUACCCUGUAAACAAAUAUAUAAAUCAUAGGUAUGUCAGUAGCAUGGAAAUCUUACAAUGCCUUUAUUUCCAUUGCAAAUGCCAUAUACACUGAACCCUUUGGGAUCUCACCAAAUAGACUAGGAAGCAAGCUUCAGAGUCGAGUAGCUUAAAACAUAAAUUGAAUACUUAUCGUGCAAUAUAUCUUGAUCCCUUAUUUGAUAGUCAUGUUAAAAUUGAACUAAUUCAAUCACAAUGCCUCUAAAACUAAAUCUGCCCCGUGUUUACUUUUACCAAGAUACUCAGUAUAAUUUUCAGUCUUCUGUCUCUCUAAAGGAGUACACGUUUAUGCACAUAGAACUACAGCAGACAUAAAAGGAAAGAACCUGACUCUGUAUUUGUUUUUAAUUUUUAAAGAAAUCUCAAAAAGGCAGAAGAUACUGUUGUCCGAACAGAACAGGAAAUUGUAGAAAAUGACAAAAGUAUUGAGGCAUUGACAGAAGAGCUUAAAAACCUUGAAGAAAAAGCCACUGCUGUAAUGAAUGAAUGCAAAGAAGCAGAGGUAUGUUGGUAAAAGAAAUUAAUAAAUUGGUUUCGCUUCUAAUUUUCUGGGUUUGUGGUUUUGUUUUUUUGUAAACAAAAUUGCAUUGUUAUUUAAAAAAAAAAAAAAUAUGUAUGGUUUGCAUGAAAGAAUUUUGGUAGUUGUAGACAUGUCACUUUUGCUUUGCAUUCUUUCCAUGUAUUCAGUUUAAUACAUUAACAUAUAAACAAAUACAGUAGAUAGACAACUCUCCAGUCUGCCAUAGUUUUAUAGUGGGUGUUUAAAGAAAUUCACACAAGUACCAACAAGUCGGUAUGUGCGGAUAACAGGUGUCGUUUUUGUUCAGAGCUAACAUUAUGCAGUCCGUAAAGAGUUCCAGGCUGCCUAAGUCAUGUGUCCCAUGGGUGCAACUUACUCUGUACAGGCAGAGUUUCAAGCUGAUUGCUCCAUGGCCAAUUCUAAAAGCAGUAGUAGUCAUGGAGGUUGAAUAACACUCAAAGCAUCAUAACCACAUCAACCCGUUAUGUUUUUGCCCUCUCGGGGUAAGUAGCCAUAUAGUUUGUGAACUUACCUGGAGUCUUCUAGGUGAUGUCCAACGCCUAGCAGACCCCUAGACAGUUAUAAAAUGAUUUGGUUGCUUAGCCUGAGUGUGUGCCAUUACUGCCAGCAGGCUGUAGGGUUUAUGGUGCUUGAAGUGUUCCUUUAAUUAACAGAUUAACAGAUGCAUACCUGUGAGAUUCCACUUAGUUGAACUGCAAAGAAAAUACUUAAUUUGUUAAUCCUUUGAGGUAGCACUUUUUUUUUUUUCCCUCUCUGUGUGAGAUAGAUAUAUCUCUCAGCAAGGUGAUAAUAGAUAUGUGUGUGUGUAUACAGAUAGGGGUGUAGAUAUAUAGAUGGAGAGAAAGAGCUAUAGGGAUAGGUGGGUAGAGAGAGAUAUAUAGAUAGAUGUACUGGAUAUUCCUUGCACUCAGACUAUAGAUAAUUUAAAGUGCCGGAUGCAUUCAGCAGGCGUAAUUAAAUGUAGAGAUCACUCUUGAAAAGUUUGCACUCACGGUCUUCCCCAUUUAAAAAAAAAAUAAUAAUUUUUACUGAAACAAGUUAAUAUACAGAUCGACAUCAUCCUUGAUCCAGAUGAUAGUCCCAGACACGGACUGAAACAGUGGUCUGUAUUUUAAAUUUUUUUUUCAAUAAAAUGUUGGUGUUUUUUUUUUUUGUUUUGUUUUAAUGGAGAAGACCUCAAGUGCAAUCUUUUCUACAGUGAUCUAUAUUUAGAUCUAUAGGUAGGUUAAGGUGUAGAUAUAGAGAGAUAUAUAGAUAUAAAUAAAUAUACACUGAAGCUCCAGUUCUCAUCCAGAGUGUCUCCUUUUCAUGCAGAGAGAUCAUUGAUAUAGCUUUCCACCCAAACAUCAUUUGAAACUUGCUAACUUGAUGAAGGGUGAAAAUAAAACUGCCUUUAUUGGUCACAGUUCAUACAUUUAUACACAGACCCCCAGGAGGGAGGGAUGUUUACUGAAACAAUACAAAUUACUCCCAGGAGCCUGUGUCUGGGAAAUAAGAUAGAUUGAGAACUGCCAAUCUAAAUAACCUCCAGACUUCAGGGCCCCCUACAAAAUACCACAAAACCUAAAUUUCUCCAUCAGUAAAAACGCUACAUGUCAUGCAUCCCCAGAUAACAACCUGUUAGCUGUAUACAAGUAGCACAGUGUAGGAUCUCCACCUUGUUAAAGGUUCAUCAUGUUAUACACUAUUAAGUGGUUAUUGGUAUACCAGUGCGCUGUCCACUACCAUUUUAUCGUGAGUUGGCAGUCUGUUCCAGAAGACACAGCCUCCAUAGAUAGGUUGCCGGGUAGUCCUAUUUUAGAGCACUCGGUCUAAGAGCCACAGCAGGGGUUAUUUUUUACUCCCCAAUGGAUAAUACUGAAAUUAAACUUAGCCAUGGCUAUAUAUUCCUACCCUUUUAUCUUUUUGGUGCUUGAGGCUUCUGGUUAUGCUUUGGGUGCCUUUCUCUCUCUUUUUUUUUUUUUUUUGCCUCCUUUUUCUCAGGGCAUACCUGCAAAAGGAUAUGUUUGAAGAUAAGAACUGCAAAUGUUGAGUUUUUCUUCUUGACUUAGAAAUGUGAUGUUUAUCGUUCAUUACAAUCAAUAAAUUGCUUUUAUUGAUUGCUUUUCAGGUGGAAUUUUGUAUGAUUGUUUAAUCUUAUUGUGUAGCGUAGGGUAACAGUCCAAACCCCUAAGCUUCAGCUUGCUUGGAGAUCAACAGUUGUCAUCUUCACCCAGCAGGCACUGUUGGGUCCGAAAAAAGCAAUCCUCUUGUAUUACAUAAACAUAUUCUUGUUUCUCUUUCUCUUUUUAGAGUUCUCUUCCAGAAAUUCAAGAAAAACAUCGCGAUUUGCUUCACGAAAUCAAAGUUAUUCAGGAUAAGGAGCAUUCCCUCCAAAAGGAAGCGCUUAAUAUUAGACUCAAAAUUGAGCAAAUUGACAGUCACAUAUCAGAACAUCAGUCAAAAAUCAAAUACUGGCAAAAAGAGGUAACCCUCAAGUUUUUGUUGUGGGUUUUUAGUUUUUUUUUUUUGUUUGUUUGUUUGUUUUUUUUCUCAUUGCAACACUUUUUGUCUUUAUAAUUUCAUUCUAUAAAGAUGUUUGUAUUUACCUAAUGUAGAUAUCAAAGAUCACACUUCAUAGGAUAGAAGAUAAUCCAGAAGAGGUUCUUCCUGUAUUAACACAGGAAGAGCUAGAUGCAAUAAAAGAUCCUGAUCAAAUAAAAAAUCAAAUUGCACUACUGGAGGCGAAAAGUACUGAAAUGAAGCCAAACCUUGGUGCUAUUGCAGAAUAUAAAAAGAAGGUAUGUAUAACUCACCAUAUAUGCCGCAGAGUCUGUUUUGAAUUGGAAAAUCUAGUUUUCUCUAUUUCCAUUACUUUUGGAGUUCAAGAUUUCUUCUUUGAAAAACUGUUCUGUUACCAAUGAUUCUGUUUACCUGCUUAAAGAAAACUAGAUGUUUAUUGACUCUUGUGCAGCAAAUGACCUUAACAACGCCUUCUUAUAUAUGUGAGAGAUCAGAACUUGACUAAAGACACAAAAUAGAUUUGUCAUUUGUGGUAGUUGGUAUUAUCCCUCUAACCUUUUUUAAAUUCUUUCUUUUUCUUAUUAGUUAGAAAUUGUGCCUUAAAACAAGGGUUAACCAAGAUCUAAUGCACUAUGAGAAACUGAAAUGUACAAAAUUUUGUUUCAUGUGGUUCAUUUGAAUAAAAUUCCUUACAAACUUCUAACUAAUAUAUCACAAAUAUUCAAGUGGCUUAUAAAUUAAACAAAUCAGAAUCUUCAAAAUUAUUAAAAGGCUGUUAAUAUAAAUGUUUGAUUUGGUUAGUUUGUGAACUAACCACCUUUUCAGAACCUAUUUGUUAAACAAUUGGCAGAAAUGUCAUUCUAAUUUUUUUUCCUUUCUGCUUUGUCCUGGGCACAAAACAAUCAGGAUGCACAUGCUUCUACAACUGAAAGUAUGCAAUUUAGGCACUUAAUAUAGGUACAGAUUUUCUUUCCGGAGAAGUCACAAAGACUGGGCACUCUGUUAAAUUCUAAAGCUCUUGAGUAAGUUGAGUUGCUUUUAGGCUUUUGUAGUGUUCAUAAAAAUAGUAUAGUUGGAAAUGCUAGUGGUAACAGAACUACAUGAACAUCAAAAUGCACUACAUAAUGUUCUUUUAAAAGUACUGUAAGAGUCAUGGUGUGUUAAUGGGAACUAGUGGAGACUGGUCCACUGAACUGUCCCACUUGGCUGUUUGUCCCUUUUCCUCUGACACCAGGAACCAAUGCAACUUUUCUUAAGGGAAAGGUCUAGCCCUCUACCCAUUGAACUUUCACGUAUUGACGCCUUCUGCUUCCUCCAGGAUUUUGUACCCUAUCCCUCUCUAAUAGCUCUCAGACAUCCAGAAUGCAGACCCUUAAUUAUGCAACUAAAAGGGACUAGUCUUACACCAUAAUAUCUUUUAUUUACAUGGAUAACAAAGAAUCCAUUGUUUUCUACCUGCAUUCAUUUCUAGCAAAUUGUAUAAGCUUGAUCAUCUAGAUACAUUAAUGUGCAUAACUACAAAGAUGGCCUUCAACUAAUGGUUGGAGCUGCACCAAAUGAAGUUCAUAUAGCAGUUACAGUGGUCAAGCUGCCAUGCACUGGCUUUCUGAGUUUCUUUCAUAAGAGGUGUCCUAAUCUCCUGGCAGAAGCCUACCUCUAAACCCCCUCCAAAAUGUAUUUUUGCUGCGUGUAAGAUGGAGUUAGUUGUUCCAGGUAGCACAAAGGUAAAGGCAACUGGAGCAUUAUUGUGAAAUGAGUGAAAUAAUUUUUUUUUUUUAACACAUGUUGUGGAACUACUUCCCUCCUACACAAACUGGGUGGUGAGAGCUGCCAUCUUGGGAGAUCAUACUUUGAUGUUUUUAUAAAUUUAAAAGCCCCUUCCUUAUUUACAAAUGUUUUUUCUGUGGUUUUGAAUGAGGCAUUUUAACUUGUACAGAUGUAUGACGUAGUGAUAAGUAGGAGUACCCUCACCUCUGUUGCUUUUACGAAAGGACUAUCUGAGGCAAAUCAGGUUACUCUUUCAUUUGACGGAGUGGUAAGUUGCUCCAAAUGACAUGGUAUAAAUGAGCAAGUCUUGUAGCAUCUUUAAAGGGUUGCAACAAGCACCUUUACUAAUAUGGUGAGUUGAAGUGGUCAUGGUACUUUGAGUCUGUAUGUGAAGUGUUACAAUUUAAAGCACUGCACAUAGAAAUAUCUGAGGUGGCAGAUGAACAAUAGCCGACACCAUUUUUAUACUGUAAACGUAGUGUCAAAUACUUUGACAAAUUCAUAAAAAAUCAGGCGUUUUACCUACAAGUAUUUUUGUCUUUGAAUAGUUUCAUUAAAUCUGCAUAUGUGGUUUUUCUGUUUAAACAGGAAGAAUUGUAUUUACAAAGAGUUGCAGAACUUGAUGAAAUUACAAAUGAAAGAGAUAACUUCAGACGAGCAUAUGAAGAUCUUCGUAAGCAACGACUCAAUGAGUUCAUGGCAGGAUUUAAUAUUAUAACAAAUAAACUGAAAGAAAAUUACCAGAUGUUGACAUUAGGAGGAGAUGCUGAGCUUGAACUGGUAGACAGUUUGGAUCCAUUUUCAGAAGGCAUUAUGUUUAGGUAGGUAGUAUGUGAAUGAAUUUGUGUUUUUGGUGUCACAUAUUGUAACAUAAACCAAAGUAUUUGUCAAUACAAAGUAUUGUUUAUGUAUGUUAGAGCUGUUCAAAUGAUUAUUCCUCAGCUGUUGCAGAACCAUUUUUGAGGUUGGCAAAGCAAUAUGGGAAUUCUACUAAAUUCUUCAAUGCUGGGAAUCUCGCUCUUGGUAAUCCCAGGUGUGCAUUAUGUACCAGUGACCCCUCUUAAUGCAGAGAUCCUCCAUUCUCUUAAGGGCAAAGCUGAGUUGACUGCUUUAAUUGUGUGCUGAACAAAAUCUGAUCAAUUCAUGAUCAUUUCACUUCAAUGAACAUUGAAAAUGAAGGGAGCGAUAGUCAGGAUUUUGCCUCGGUUUUUCUUUUGGUUCUCCACAGUCUCAGGCUUCCUGUAGGAUCAUGACUUGUGGCACAUUCUAAAUUUUAUGUUAAUCAUUUAGUGGUCACUUUCUAACCACUAAAAUCUGUUUCUCAGAGGUUUGUGGUUUUGUUUUUUUAUACUGUUCCUCCAUAUCCAUAGUUUUGCCUCUAUGCCACCUGGAAAAUAGUUUAAGCCUCCCCUUACAAUCUUCCAAAAGUAUUCAGUAUGCAAUACAACCUUCCUAUGUGUCCUUUCUAUACUAAUGGCUAACUAGUAGCCUUUCAAAUCUGUUUGCCAGACAAAUCCAUAAAAACUGAUCUCUGAUAGAUCCUUCUUGGCCAUAUGAACUUAAGAUCCCUGAUAUGUUAAAGAAAUGUACAAAUAUUUGGUUUUAACGUUGGUGUUCCUUACAUAAUGCACUGGUUCCCCGUUGUGUAUGGGGUGGGGGUUGUUUUGUUUUUUUAAUUCAUUGAUUUAUUGCCAUUGUAAAUCUUAGACGUGUGUGUAUGCUGUAAUGGACACCAAUGUGUACUUGAAUAUACACAGCAGGAUCAUGCUACAGUGAGUACUGCAUUAUCAGUUUAGGAAUUCAAUGUGUCCGUUAAUGACCUCUAAUAUUGGUAGAUUGUGUGUGAAGUGAACUUCAGGAAGCUAGAUCGGACUCUGAAGUGACUAAAAUGUUAGUCUUUAUAUUUAAAUCUAAUAAAAAUCAAAGUUUAUGUAGGUGGCCUAUAGAAAGCCAGAAAACAAAUGUGUGUGUAUAUUGUUUGAAAAUAGAAUUUUCUGCUGCAUUUAGGUAGAAUUGACCAAUCUGGCAUUAAAACAAUUAGAUUUUCCAAGUCCCAUUGAUGCUGAGAGACACAGUGUUGUAUUAGGCAUGGAAGGACCUGUUUGGUUAUUUCUCAUUUUAUAAUCUAAAAUAUAAUGUUUAAAGCAUUUUAUUUCAUUAUGUACAAUUUUUAUUUUAGUGUCCGACCACCAAAGAAAAGCUGGAAGAAAAUCUUUAACCUCUCAGGUGGAGAGAAGACAUUGAGCUCUUUAGCUUUGGUAUUUGCUCUUCAUCAUUAUAAACCAACUCCUCUUUAUUUUAUGGAUGAAAUUGAUGCAGCCCUGGACUUCAAAAAUGUAUCCAUCGUGGCUUUCUAUAUUUAUGUAAGUAAUCUAUAAAGCUUGUAUGUCUUGAGCACAUUUGGACCUGUAAGCAUACAAUUUGACCACAGUGCUGAAAUGGUGACCUUUCCUGUGUGCUUGGACUUCAAACUUUUUCAGAAAGUGAGCUUUUCAUAAAGGAACACUAUAGGCAGCCAGACCACUUCAGCUCAACUUUAACCCCUUAAGGACCAAACUUCUGGAAUAAAAGGGAAUCAUGACAUGUCACACAUGUCAUGUGUCCUUAAGGGGUUAAAGGGACACUAUAGUCACCAAAACAACUUUAGUUUAAUGAAGUAGUUUGAGUGUUAUAGAUCAUGCCCCUGCAGUCUCACUCCUCAAUUCUCUGCUAUUUAGGAGUUAAAUCACAGUUUAUGCAGCCCUAGUCACACCUCACUGCAUAUGUGACUUGCACAGCCUUCCUAAACACUUCCUGUAAAGUUAUCUUAUGUUAACACUUUCUUUUAUUGAAAAUGUUUUAAUUUACAAUUCAUUAUCUCCUGCUUUAAUAGCUUCCUAGACCAUGCAGGAGCCUCAUGUAUGUAAUUAAAAUUCCAUUUACAGAACAGGAGAUAAAAAUGUUUAAUGUUUUGGUGACUACCGUAUAUACUCGUGUAUAAGUCGAUCUCAUGUAUAAGUCGAGGGCAGUUUUGUGACCAACAAUUGUGAAAUAUGCUAUGCCUCAUGGAUAAGUCGAGGGUAAAACUUGGGGCUAUGAAAUUCUGUGAUUUUUAGAAUUAUAUACACACACACACUCAUACAAACACACACUCUGCAUUAUACACACACACACACACACUCAUACAAACAAUCUGCAUUCUACACACACACUCAUACAAACACACACUCUACAUUAUAUACGCACACACACUCAUACAAACACACACUCUGCAUUAUAUACGCACACACACUCAUACAAACACACACUCUGCAUUAUAUACGCACACACACUCAUACAAACACACACUCUGCAUUAUACACACACUCAUAAAAACAAUCUGCAUUCUACACACACACUCAUACAAACACACACACUCUGCAUUAUAUACGCACACACUCAUACAAACACACACUCUGCAUUAUAUACGCACACACACUCAUACAAACACACAUUCUGCAUUAUUCACGCACACACACUCAUACAAACACACACUCUGCAUUAUAUACGCACACACACUCAUACAAACACACAUUCUGCAUUAUUCACGCACACACACUCAUACAAACACACACUCCAUUAUAUACGCACACACACUCAUACAAACACACACUCUGCAUUAUUCACGCACACACACUCAUACAAACACAUACUCUGCAUUAUACACGCACACACACUCAUACAAACACACACUCUGCAUUAUACACGCACACCCACUCAUACAAACACACACUCUGCAUUAUACACGCACACCCACUCAUACAAACACACACACACUCUGCAUUAUAUACGCACAUACACUCAUCAAAUACACACACACUCUGUGUGUAUAUAAUGCAGAGUGUGUGUGUGUUUGUAUGAGUGUGUGUGUGUAGAAUGCAGAUUGUAUGAGUGUGUGUGUGUAUAAUGCAAAGUGUGUGUGUGUUUGUAUGAGUGUGUGUGUGUGUGUGAGAGAACUGGGUGGGAGGAGGGCAUUUUUAUUAUAAUUUUUUUAUAUAUUAAGUUUUUUUUAUUUUAUUAUUUUUUUAAUAUUUUACAUUUUUUAUUUAUUUUAAUAUUUUAAGUUUUUUAUUUUAAUAUUUUUCAUUGUAUUUUUUCUUAUUUAUUUAAUUAAAUUUUCGUCCCCCCUCCCUGCUUGUUAGCUUGCCAGGGAGGGGGGCUCUCACUCCCUAGUGGUCCAGUGUAUGGGCUGUGUAGGAGGGGGGGCUGACAGUGAGAGGUUACUUACCUUUCCUGUGGCUCCUGUCAGCUCCCUUCUCCUCCGUGCAGCUACUCUGUCAGCUCCCACUGUAAGUCUCGCGAGAGCCGCGGUGACCCCGCGGCUCUCGCGAGACUUACAGUGGGAGUUGACAGAGGAGCUGCACGGAGGAGAAGGGAGCUGACAGGAGCUGCAGGAAGGUAAGUAACCUCUCACUGUCAGCCCCCAACAGGACCGCCGGGCUUGUAAUGAGCUCGGCGGUCCUGGUCUGUAUUGUGGCAAUGUAAAUUGCCAUAAUACAGACAUUAACUCGAGUAUAAGUCGAGUGGGGUUUUUUCAGCACAAAAAAUGUGCUGAAAAACUCGACUUAUACUCGAGUAUAUACGGUAUAUAGUGUCUCUUUAAAAUACCACUUCAGAUUGCUGAUGUGCUUUGUGUCAGGACCCUUCCCAUUUUGAUUGCAGUUUAUAAAGCUGCUGAUUAUUCCAUUUUAAUCAGCACUUUUGUAAAUUACUGCAGAAAUGCCUUGUCAGCUGUCAAUAGGAGGUUAUGACUAGAGUGCGCGUGCAUUUUCCCCCAAGUUAAAAUAUAUGCUAGUGGCUAGUUUUAAAGACAUAUUUGCUUGAGUUCCUCUAAAGUACUAUAGUGCAAUUAUUGAUAAGUCUUUUUAGUUACACCUGGCUGAAGACUAAAGACUUUUUUACAGACAACAAAGCCGCUUUGAAAUAGUGGGUUUUAAAAACACCUUGUGUAAAAAUAAAGGGACAUUCCUGUCAUAUUGUCAAGAAAAAUCUGGACUUUUAUAAAUCCCUUUAGUACCAUUGACACAGUUAUCAUUUUCAGACUAAUCUGUAAUGCAAUUUUCUUUUAGAUUUUUAAUGGUCUUUUUUAUGUUAUAGGAGCAAACUAAAAAUGCACAGUUCAUAAUAAUAUCUCUACGGAACAACAUGUUUGAGAUUGCAGACAGAUUGAUUGGAAUUUAUAAGACUCAUAAUACCACAAAAAGUGUUGCCACAAAUCCAAAAGUCAUUGCAUCGAAGGGACUUGCUGAAACUAAUGCAGUUGGAUGCCAGUGAAUUUCAUGACAAAUUUGACAAAACAUGUCUUUUGUUUCAGUUGCUCUUCCCCCCUCACCUCCCCUUCCCCUCCCCCCUUCAACGCCAUUAUUGUCUACCUCACCUGUUUCUUAUUCUGACCUAUCAUGUAAACAGAGCUGCAACAUGAAACUUUACAACACAUUGACUUUCUUUUCCUCUGUUGUAAAUAUGUAUAGUUACUGUGUUGAUUUUGGUUUUUCUACAUAUCUUUCCCUGUGGUUAGUGGUCAAUAAAUAUAUUUUUAUAAUCUAAAAGUUCCCAACAGAAAUAUGAAGGUUGUUUUUUGUUUUUUGUUUUUUUUCUCUUCUGUGAUUAAAAUGUCCAUUUUAACUAUAAUUUUUUUGUAUGUGCACAAUCACUCAAAUUCCCAGUUUUACGUGUGAAUGGAAUGCAAAGCUAAUUACAAGUGCAGAUAAAGGUUCAAAAGUGGUGAUGUAAGUAAAUUGUAUAUACGUGAGCAAACAUUAAUUAUUUAAUUGUAGCUAUUAUGUAUUUCAGUGACCUAUCGACUUGCUUUGGGGAAAUUGUAUGUGCC